AUGUCCAGAGAUCGUCCUAUAAAAGGAUUUAACAAUAAUAUCUGCAGUUUAAUACUGACAGGUAAGACUGGAAUACGAUUAUUAUAGAGGUUCUUCAAUGUUACCUAAGUGGACAAAAGUAAGCCACUGAGAACAGGGCUGUUUAAGUGUGGAUAGUGGCAGGCUGUAGAGCUUUAGAAAUAAGAAAAAAUAUAUACUGCAGAUCUCCCAGAGAGGAGAAAGGAUCUGCAAGUGAUUGCUACAAAAGUAUCAGGUAGCCCGUUUUAAUUUGCUAUAUGCUGGUAGAAGACCUUUGGGUGCUCUAAACAGAUCAUUAAUGCCCCAUAACGAUUUCCCAGGUGCAAUAUGCAGUAUGCUGGUGUAUAGCCUUAGAGUGCUUAACAUAAAUUAGCAUCUCAUGUUAUACUGAAAAACAUAACAGGUUACACAGACAGGGUAUAGGGAGGGAGAAAAAGUAGUUGUAAUAUAAAUCUCCUACUGUGCCUUCAAGGGCACCCCGUGCACAAACAGUUUCUAGUGGGUUUUUCUUUUCGACUUACCCCUUUAAACAAUACUUUAUAUUACCUAGUUUUAAAUAUACAAAGCAGCUUGCAAAAUCUACAGAUCUUUUGUCAUCGCCUUUGCAAGUCCUUUCCUUGUAACCCAGCCCAUACUUACUGUGGCUGUCCAAUCACAGACUUCCCAAUGUAAAUGAGCAGUUUUUGGAAGGCAGGUAUACUGGACAAUAACCUGUUGUCUGCUUGAAAGUCAGGAGGUGUAACCAGCUUAAUUUAUAAAAGUAUCAACUUCAAUGAAAUCUGCACAUUUUGUAAAAUGUAAAAAAGAGGACACACUCUUCAUACAUAAAGCUUAUCAGCAAGCAAAAAUGGGCUUUAGGAGUCUCUGGCGUAUCCCUUUAAUCUUCCCGUAACAGGCAUGUUCUGUUAGUUUAUUGCAGGCUCUUCCUUUGAGAUUUUCUGGAAAUUUGACAAUUGGGCAUUUUCUUAUACAUAUUUUACACGGACAACCAUUAUAAAGUCAAAUUUUAAAAAUAUCAAAAUAAUCAAAAUGUUUGGGAAGCUAGUGAUGGGUGAGGAUGUUUUAGCAGAAUGAGGCCAAAUGUUUUUUUUUUUAUUUGUUUCAAAACCUGGGACACAUUUAAAUUAUACGACUCUCCAUUUAAUAACAGAUGUCAGGUAUUUCUCCUGACUUUACAAAAGGAUUGUAAACUGUAAUUGUUGUACUUAUUUCCAUAUUAUUCCAAUGCGAUUCUCUCUUACACACCACUCCAUUGGGUCUUUGUAAUAUGUUCUGUUCACAGGUCAGCAUCAUUCAGAAUUCACUAUAAAUCAGCCUGAGGAAUCCUCAGCCCCAGUAGGAGGCUCAGCCACCAUUACCUGCUCAUACAAUACUCCCAUAAAGAAAACACCCAUAAACGCUGUGAUUUACUGGAGAGCUAGCGGUCAUGAUGGACCUAUAGCAUAUCACCCCUCCACAUGGAUGGUUCAUCCUACUUACAGAGGAAGGACAAAUGUGACCCAGCAAGCAGAUCUACAGAUAACGGGGGUACAACACACAGACAGCUCUGUAUAUUACUGCUUGGUGACUCUCAAAUUCUGUGUUGGCAAUGGUGUAAUUAAGAAUUCUAUCAGCUGUGGAAAUGGAACCAGACUGAGCGUAACAGGUGAGCUCACACACACACAAAAAAUGUGCAAUAUAAUUAUAAUAUAUAAUUUUUAGUCAAAGGUUUGUUUGUCUAGGAUCUCUAAGUAGCCCCUGUCUUCUAGGGUAAGCUGCAACUCUUGAUCUAUGUAUUAUUUUCUUUAACACUUCAACAAGUGAAACUAAAACAAACAAAAUGAAUAUAAGACUCUGAGUGAACUGACUCAGGCUGCUCUUACAUACACUAUUAAUCAGGUAAGUAAUUGGCAACUGCAGAGACUCCACUAAUCAGUGCAAUACCUUACCUGUAUCCUUCCAUGGGAAUUUAAACCUUAGAAGGGAGAGGUAGAAUUUUCCAAAGCAUGUCUUAUAGCCCUUCCAUCCACAAUUACACCACAUUUCCUUUCACAUUUCCUUUCACAUAUCCUCCCCCCAGCUCAUUACCUCUGGGAUGAGAGACCAUGGAAGUCAAGGAAUGACCCCUGAAAGUCCAUUAGCAUAUCCCUGUUUCAGACCUACCCUAUGUUCCACAGUACAACGAAAGCACCUGGCUACUGGCUUCCUUUCUAACAGGUAUUACUAAAGAGUAUCUAAAGCCCACUUAAUUACCAGACACUCUUUCUCCACUAUAGAUUACUUUCUUGUGGGCUUAACUUUCUGCUCAAAAAAUAUAUGUGAUAUUCAUGGGAAAGGAUAGAUCCUAAGCCAACAUGUGAAGCAUCCAUCUUUACAAUAAAUUCUCUAGAAAAAUCUGGUAAAGAUAGUGUAACGGAUCACCUGGCACCCCGACUGGGUACCUCCGUUGAUGGAUGCUCCAAGUUCUUCUUGAAGGCUCCAAGCACUCUAGUCGACACCACAACCACCGCAAGCAGAAUCUCUCUUCCUUCCGAGCGAAGCAGGAAUGUUUUAGCAGAAUGAGGCCAAAUGUUUUUUUUUUAUUUGUUUCAAAACCUGGGACACAUUUAAAUUAUACGACUCUCCAUUUAAUAACAGAUGUCAGGUAUUUCUCCUGACUUUACAAAAGGAUUGUAAACUGUAAUUGUUGUACUUAUUUCCAUAUUAUUCCAAUGCGAUGCUCUCUUACACACCACUCCAUUGGGUCUUUGUAAUAUGUUCUGUUCACAGGUCAGCAUCAUUCAGAAAUCACUAUAAAUCAGCCUGAGGAAUCCUCAGUCCCAGUAGGAGGCUCAGCCACCAUUACCUGCUCAUACAAUACUCCCAUAAAGAAAACACCCAUAAACGCUGUGAUUUACUGGAGAGCUGGCAGCCAUGAUGGACCUAUAGCAUAUCACCCCUCCACAUGGAUGGUUCAUCCCACUUACAGAGGAAGGACAAAUGUGACCCAGCAAGCAGAUCUACAGAUAACGGGGGUACAACACACAGACAGCUCUGUAUAUUACUGCUUGGUGACUCUCAAAUUCUGUGUUGGCAAUGGUGUAAUUAAGAAUUCUAUCAGCUGUGGAAAUGGAACCAGACUGAGCGUAACAGGUGAGCUCACACACACACAAAAAAUGUGCAAUAUAAUUAUAAUAUAUAAUUUUUAGUCAAAGGUUUGUUUGUCUAGGAUCUCUAAGUAGCCCCUGUCUUCUAGGGUAAGCUGCAACUCUUGAUCUAUGUAUUAUUUUCUUUAACACUUCAACAAGUGAAACUAAAACAAACAAAAUGAAUAUAAGACUCUGAGUGAACUGACUCAGGCUGCUCUUACAUACACUAUUAAUCAGGUAAGUAAUUGGCAACUGCAGAGACUCCACUAAUCAGUGCAAUACCUUACCUGUAUCCUUCCAUGGGAAUUUAAACCUUAGAAGGGAGAGGUAGAAUUUUCCAAAGCAUGUCUUAUAGCCCUUCCAUCCACAAUUACACCACAUUUCCUUUCACAUUUCCUUUCACAUAUCCUCCCCCCAGCUCAUUACCUCUGGGAUGAGAGACCAUGGAAGUCAAGGAAUGACCCCUGAAAGUCCAUUAGCAUAUCCCUGUUUCAGACCUACCCUAUGUUCCACAGUACAACGAAAGCACCUGGCUACUGGCUUCCUUUCUAACAGGUAUUACUAAAGAGUAUCUAAAGCCCACUUAAUUACCAGACACUCUUUCUCCACUAUAGAUUACUUUCUUGUGGGCUUAACUUUCUGCUCAAAAAAUAUAUGUGAUAUUCAUGGGAAAGGAUAGAUCCUAAGCCAACAUGUGAAGCAUCCAUCUUUACAAUAAAUUCUCUAGAAAAAUCUGGUAAAGAUAGUGUAACGGAUCACCUGGCACCCCGACUGGGUACCUCCGUUGAUGGAUGCUCCAAGUUCUUCUUGAAGGCUCCAAGCACUCUAGUCGACACCACAACCACCGCAAGCAGAAUCUCUCUUCCUUCCGAGCGAAGCAGGAAUGUUUUAGCAGAAUGAGGCCAAAUGUUUUUUUUUUAUUUGUUUCAAAACCUGGGACACAUUUAAAUUAUACGACUCUCCAUUUAAUAACAGAUGUCAGGUAUUUCUCCUGACUUUACAAAAGGAUUGUAAACUGUAAUUGUUGUACUUAUUUCCAUAUUAUUCCAAUGCGAUGCUCUCUUACACACCACUCCAUUGGGUCUUUGUAAUAUGUUCUGUUCACAGGUCAGCAUCAUUCAGAAAUCACUAUAAAUCAGCCUGAGGAAUCCUCAGCCCCAGUAGGAGGCUCAGCCACCAUUACCUGCUCAUACAACACUCCCAUAAAGAAAACACCCAUAAACGCUGUGAUUUACUGGAGAGCUGGCAGCCAUGAUGGACCUAUAGCAUAUCACCCCUCCACAUGGAUGGUUCAUCCCACUUACAGAGGAAGGACAAAUGUGACCCAGCAAGCAGAUCUACAGAUAACGGGGGUACAACACACAGACAGCUCUGUAUAUUACUGCUUGGUGACUCUCAAAUUUCCAAAGCAUGUGUUAUAGCCCUUCCAUCCACAAUUACACCACAUUUCCUUUCACAUUUCCUUUCACAUAUCCUCCCCCCAGCUCAUUACCUCUGGGAUGAGAGACCAUGGAAGUCAAGGAAUGACCCCUGAAAGUCCAUUAGCAUAUCCCUGUUUCAGACCUACCCUAUGUUCCACAGUACAACGAAAGCACCUGGCUACUGGCUUCCUUUCUAACAGGUAUUACUAAAGAGUAUCUAAAGCCCACUUAAUUACCAGACACUCUUUCUCCACUAUAGAUUACUUUCUUGUGGGCUUAACUUUCUGCUCAAAAAAUAUAUGUGAUAUUCAUGGGAAAGGAUAGAUCCUAAGCCAACAUGUGAAGCAUCCAUCUUUACAAUAAAUUCUCUAGAAAAAUCUGGUAAAGAUAGUGUAACGGAUCACCUGGCACCCCGACUGGGUACCUCCGUUGAUGGAUGCUCCAAGUUACCAGAAAAUUGGAAAAUUGAGAGUCACCAAGCAGUAAUAUACAGAGCUGUCUGUGUGUUGUACCCCCGUUAUCUGUAGAUCUGCUUGCUGGGUCACAUUUGUCCUUCCUCUGUAAGUGGGAUGAACCAUCCAUGUGGAGGAGUGAUAUGCUAUAGGUCCAUCAUGGCUGCCAGCUCUCCAGUAAAUCACAGCGUUUAUGGGUGUUUUCUUUAUGGGAGUAUUGUAUGAGCAGGUAAUGGUGGCUGAGCCUCCUACUGGGGCUGAGGAUUCCUCAGGCUGAUUUAUAGUGAUUUCUGAAUGAUGCUGACCUGUGAACAGAACAUAUUACAAAGACCCAAUGGAGUGGUGUGUAAGAGAGCAUCGCAUUGGAAUAAUAUGGAAAUAAGUACAACAAUUACAGUUUACAAUCCUUUUGUAAAGUCAGGAGAGAUUAGGAGAGAUUAGGAGAGAUUAUAGCAAGGGAAUAUGCAGAGCAUAGCAAUGCCUUGUAGCAGAUUCCCCCCCACCCAAUAAGAGACAGGACUCCAAAUUGAUGGUGAAGUAGAACUGUCUAAAACUUUAUUUUACUUGGGACUAGCCCAUAUGGUCAUUACAUUAACAUUGCUGUGAAAACUCAAUAAAAUUACAAAUAAUCAAAUCAUAGCAGGCAACAUACAGUGACUUAUUAUAACAUCAUUGAAUAUUUAUAAAUGGGUGAGGAAGACCAGAAUUAACACAAAAUGUCUCUCCUGCAUGCAGAAUUAGCGAUAUGCAAAUCUACCCGAAUAUGCAAAUAACCAGUCUUGCCAUUCAGGUAGUGCAUAUUACUGUUGCUACCAACAGAGGGCACUACACAAGCUCCAUAGCCAAAUCCACCUAGUUGGUAGCAAUCCUUAGCAGUACAGGAGAGCAGGCAAUACAUCCCAGGGGCCAUAGUCACAUGGCAGGAGGUUGGCAAUCAGUCUUCUCCAAUGCCCAGUGGCGAGGCUGGUUCCGCCACAGAAAGGAUAGGUUGGACACAGAGCUUCUUUCAAUGUCAUGAAAGCUUGUUCUGCUUCUGAAGACUAUUUAACAGUAAGUGGGACUCUUGCUUUUGUGAGGUCUGUUAAAGGUGCAGCAACCAUGGCAAAAUUUGGGAAGGACCUUCUAUAAUAACCAGUUAGGAAUAAUAACUACAAUUCAAUGAAAACUUGGGCAACAACUUACAUGUAAUGAGCUACUAGAUAUCUAAAAUACAAAAAAUUGGAAUUUGUAUGUGCGCUCCACAAAUAAAAGAAUACAAACAAAUAGGUAUAAUAGUACACUCAAUAUAAUAAUGGUUGAAUAUUAGUAAUCAAUGCAGGACUAGAAUUUCAACAUUUAACAAAAGUGUAUUGAAAGCUUGUGUAUCCCCUAACCCAAAACUAAAUAUAUCAAGUAAAAUAUUACAAUGUGUCAAAACCUCUCAUAAUUCUCUGAUUAAUGUCAUGCGCCAGGAAUAAAAAAAACUGCACCUAUCCUCUGGUACUCCUCCUGCAACCGCCAUCAAACGGUAACGGCUGAAAGAGACACGCGUAGUAAUGCAAGAUAGGUGCCGAGAAGGUAACGUAGGGAAUAGCGCUCAAGGGUGACUCCUCCGAUAGCAGUGGGGUGCUGAAAUAUCCCUCCUGUUCCUCAGAUAAUGUAGAUACCACACAGGACUCCAAGUAUGUCAGGAAAAAUUCAGCAGCUUUAUUCAGGAUGAAGAAUCACCCAUAAAUGAUAAAAUAUAACGUAUAAAUCACCCAUAAAUGAUAAAAUAUAAUAUAAAGUAUAAAACAGCUGUUUUGUACUUUAUAUUAUAUUUUAUCAUUUAUGGGUGAUUCUUCAUCCUGAAUAAAGCUGCUAAAUUUUUCCUGACAUCCUUGGAGUCCUGUGUGGUAUUGAGCGCUAUUCUCUACGUUACCUUGUGAGUGCAUUUCAUUAACACCAAAUCAUAUUUUAAAAUGUAUUACACUAUAUACGCUUUUUUGUUUCCACACAAAAUUGAUAACUUGGCACUGUUUCCCUGAUUAAUGAUUUAAAGCUGAGAAUUACCCACUAUUUUAAUUCUCCUAGAUCCUAGAGCAGUGCUUGCGAACAUUUUUCAGCCUGAGUGCCCAAACUGCAGUACAAACCAACUUUUUUUCCCACAAAGUGCCAACACGGCAAUAAAACCUGAAUACUGAAGCUUACAUUUAGCAUAAGCAACUCAUAAAGUUGUCCGAACUAAGCGUGUAGUUAUGCAUGGGAGUGCGGUGUAUACAUGGGGUGCAGUGGGAACACUAUGGGACUAGUGUGUGUAUGAGUGUGUAGUGGGGCAGUGUGUGUGUGGGGCAAUGUAUGUAUGGGAGUGCAGUGUUUGUGUGGGGGUAGUGUGUGUGUGGGGCAGUGUAUGUAUGGGAGUGCAGUGUUUGUGUGGGGGCGCAGUGUGUGUAUGGGGGUGCAGUGUGUGUGUGUGUGGGAGAAGUGUGUGCAUGGGAGUACAUUGGAGGCAGUGUGUGUAUGGGGGUACAAUGGGGGCAGGGUCGGCCAGUUCAUUGACAGAGGUGGAGCCAUGGCUCAAGGCGACACUCUGACAGGGGCGGCAUUUUGCCGUCCCUGUCAUUAUCUAAAGAAAUCAUAACCAUUUGGGGAAAGCCUUUGCUGGGCAGGAAGUGAGGCCGCCCCAAAUUCUAAUAUUUCAGGGGCGUCAUGAGGGGGUAAGAGGGGUUGUCCGGGCCCUCAGGGGUAUGGGAAGGUUCAACGCUGAAGUUCCAGCGCAUUACCUGCAGUGCAAGCCAGAAUUUCAGUGCUCACUUUGCAGAAUCCCACGCCAUAUCGGACAUGCUGCAUGCUGACCACCCACAGGGCAGCACAGACCGCAGGACACGGAGCUCCCUAAUGCAGGAGUUGAACACCGGCAGACAGGAGUCAGGCAGCAGCGAUGGGGAUGUGAGGAGCAGGGUAACUGGGUAAGGGUAAGUUUCAUGUACACAGUGUGUUAUAGAUAUAGUAAGCCAAUCCCAACACACUCAUAGACACACUGCACUCAAAAACACACAGACACACUACACAUCACCCCCAGCACUCACACGGACAUACUACAUCCCCAGCACACUUCACCUCAGCACACACACACAGAUGCACACUUCACCACCAUCACCCAUACACACAUUUCACCUCCAGCACACACAAACACACUGGAUCUCCAGCACACACAGACUCUCAGUGUAUCCUCAGCACACACAAACAUACAUAUCACUCCCAACAGACACACACUUCAUCCCCAGCACACACACACACUGCAUCCCCAGCACACACACAAAUGUCAAACUACAUUCCUAGCAUACACACUGCAUCCAAAGGCUCUCACAUCAACACUGCAUCACCAGGACAUACACACUGUACAUUCCCUUCACACACACACUACAUCCCCUAUCUCAUUAUACAUCCCAAACACACACUACCUCCCUUACACACACAGUACCUUCCAUACAAAUACAACAUCCUCUAUACACAUAGUGAUGGAAUCUACACUGCACAAACAUUUACACUACAGUAACACAAACCCAUCAUCAAUAAACCUACAAACGCUAAAUGGCAAAACAUAAAUGCUCGUCAUCCAAAAUCAGCAUCCAGCGUUAUUAAAUCCCCAUAGGAAAACAUUGAGACAAUGCUUUCCUGUGGGGAGGGUCUAAUGCGCUUGCGGUGCUUGCUGGGCAUGCGCAUCAUUUCCCCCCGAUGACAUCGGAGAGGCAGAGCACCGACUAGGGUGGGAGGGGGGCAGCAUUUCUUCCUUGUUCCAUGCAGCACAAUGUCUUUGGCAGGCCCUGAGUGGGGGAAGUUGUGUGUAUGGGGGAGAAGUAUGGAUGUGCAGUUGGGGCAGUGGGGGCAUUGUGUGUGUAGUUGGAGGCUGAUUAAAACAAAUUUUUAAUUUAAUUAAAAAAUAUGCUUUAUAUCCCCCCCCCCCUUCUUACCUUUGCCCAGGGAAGGGGGAUAUUGAGUUCACUCUCACGGGAACGGAGCAUUGCCAUGGUAACCAAGGCAAUGCUCUGUGCUCGCGAGAGGAGACCCGGUGGAGCUGCAUGCUGAGCUCCUCUCUCCCUCCCCUGCCAGCUGUCAGCAAUGUGCCUGCGGACCGGUGAGGGAGAUCUCUGAACUCCACUCUGGUCCGUGAAGACACCCAGCAGGAGGGAGCAUCGGCUCUCAGAAGUGGGGGGGGGGGGCGAAUUGCGGCGCCUCUCGGUAAUCUAUGGCUACGUGCCCACCGAGAGGUUCACCAUCGCUGUCAUAAAGUAAGUGUCUAACCUGAGUUGGGAGUCUGUAGCGCAGAUAUGUUGCUCACCCUUGCAGAUAGCCACAGGCCAAGGUGGUCAGGUAAGAAUUCAACUGGCCUGUGGGUCUGUGCAUGGGGGCUGUGCAGGAUGAAGUACCAAGUCGCAGGACAGGCAAGGACUCAAACAACAGCAUCGUCAAGGGAUAGCUGAGGUCAAAGGAUGUCAGAGGAGAGAGGACUAUGAGCGUGGCAAAUAUCUCUUCUGUCAGUCUGACCCUCAGGAAUUAAAGCAUACAUGUGGAUCUUUGUUUUUUUGGGGAGUUUUUUGUGCAGUAGGCUUGGGGCACACUUAGAAAUACAGCGUCUGAGUGAGAUCGUUAAUCUGCGGUAUUUAAAAGGAUUUAAAGGGAAACUGUAGUGCCAGGAAAACAAACAAAUGUUUCUGGCACUAUAGCUUCCCCCUUUGUCAAGCCCACAUGACCCCUUCUGUCACUUACCUGAGUCCAGCACCGAAGUUCAUUGGCACUGGCUCGGCUCCAUGCAGGCUCCUCCAUUGAUGACAUCAGCCAGCAGGUGAGACCUAAUCCCUUGUUUGCAUCAUUUCCUGUCCAGCAACCUGGCCAGCAGCCCCACUAGACUCCUGGUGAAAAAUCCACCAAGGCUGGGUGGAUUUAUUUUUUUUUUUUAAAUAAUAAUUGUGAGUGUUGAAAAUGUGUGUGUUUGUCAGGGAAUGUGAGUGAGUGAGUGUGUGUGUCAGUGAAGGUGAGUGUGUGUGUCAGUGAAGGUGAGUGAAUGUGUGUGUGUGUGUGUGUGUGUGUGUCUGUCAGUGAGUGGGCGCAUCUGUCAGUGAGUGGGCGCAUCUGUCAGUGUGUGUCUGAUUGUAUGUGUGUCAGAUUGUAUCAAAUUAGUGAGUGUAUGUGUGUGCAUGUCAGUGUAUCUGAGAGUGUGUGCUGGUCCAUGAGUGUGUGUCUGUCAGUCAAAAUGUGUGUAAAUUAACAGGAAGAGGUGUGGCCUUGGCAGGAAAGGGCAAGUAAAUUUAAUUUAGGGCCUGAGAUCUGUCAUGCCCGGGGCAGCACCAUUUCAAAAUACACCACUGCUUUGAGCACUGUACAAAGCUAAUUUGUCAGUCUGGCAAACAGUACCCCUGUUCGUACUUUUACUAGAUGGUCUAUGACAUCAACAAAUGUUAAAAAAAAAAAAAAAACAUAAUUUACAUUUAUUACAACAAGGUGAAAUAAAAAAAAUAAUACUUACAAAUAAUAUUAAUACAUUGUAAAGAUGUAGAUGUUUAAUAAAAGUUUUAGAAACUGGACUAAAAGUAGAUCUUGCAAAUAUUACACUUACUUUUAAAGUCCACAAGUUUUUUUUGUUUUUUUUGCUUGUUUGACUUGUUGCUUGUAAUCUUUCACUGAUAUUAUUUGUUUCCUUUUCUUCCCCUCGACUUCUACAUCCUUUCUAUUUCUGUAAUGUGUAUAAUUAUUUAAAUAGUGAUACUUUUCCAUUUCUUUUCUCCAUGCAAUCAUUUUUCAUCAGCUGCAAAUGAAAUACCAGUAUAUCAAAUUAUCAUUCCAAUCAUAUUUGUGUUUAUUCUGAUUGUCGUGGGUGGAAUUCUAAUCUUUAGAAAAGGUAAGAAUCUUUGUUAACUGCUCCGAUGGGUGAGUUAAAUAGUGCUCUAAAGCUUGAAUUUCAGAACCAGACAUCUAGAUAAGACCAUCAAUUCCCCAUUUGCUGCCUUGUCGUUGGGGUGGCACACAGGAGAAGUGUGACAAGGUUGGAACCGUGUGGCAUUGGUGCUAUAGCAGAAGUGCCCAGGAAAGAAGAAGCUCCUCUCCCUCACAUGCAGCUUAGGGAACUGCAGGAGAAUGCAUGAAGAUGACGUCAGAGUCAAAACCAUGCACAACAUCCUGUAUCUCCAGUUGUCUGCAAUUACAUGACAUGUGCACAGUCGUUAUUCGGCAUGUGCUAAAACCUUAAUAAAAUAACUCUGUGACACCAUUUCUGUUGGAGUAUAAAGUCCACAGCUUUAUUAAAAAAUUUUAAUUCAACAAUUUAACAAUUUAGGGUCAUUGUGACAAGUAUUAAUUAUGUCCGACCUUCUUGCCCAAUACCCCUGACAAUGACCCUACCAAAUAACAUAAUAAAACAUUCCAAUAAUACAUAACGUUUAACCCAUGGCCUACCAAAGAGGCCCCAUAACCAUAUGUUUAACUGUAGGGGUGUACCCAGACACCCCUACACCCCCAGAUUCGUAGCCACCAACGAGCUAGAACCUACAAACCAUUUUCCACUCCGGCAUAGUCCAGCCUAGACCUUGGCCUGCCCACUUCCUAUUCCACCUAAAUCCUCUUUAACCCAGGCCCUAUUCCCGCCGCUGGGACCAAACGGGAAACUACCUACCAAACAAGACAACCGAACACAAAGGGAGGGUGGGAGGGACAAGUAUCAAGCAAGUGUGAUUUUGAUUAAAAAGGCCAGUUCACCAAAUUGGCUGUUGUUUAAACCCUUAUUCUCCUCCCCCCCUGUCCAGACAUUACUUUUCCACACCCCUUGACCUUAACUUCACCUGCCAACUCUCUGGCCCUGUCAAGGCCCACUCCCCUCCUGUGUUGCUCCAUGGGCUUCAUGACAUGUGCACAGUCGUUAUUCGGCAUGUGCUAAAACCUUAAUAAAAUAACUCUGUGACACCAUUUCUGUUGGAGUAUAAAGUCCACAGCUUUAUUAAAAAUUUUAAUUCAACAAUUUAACAAUUUAGGGUCAUUGUCACAAGUAUUAAUUAUGUCCGACCUUCUUGCCCAAUACCCCCGACAAUGACCCUACCAAAUAACAUAAUAAAACAUUCCAAUAAUACAUAACGUUUAACCCAUGGCCUACCAAAGAGGCCCCAUAACCAUAUGUUUAACUGUAGGGGUGUACCCAGACGUCCCUACACCCCCUGCUCUGCCAACCGAAACCCCGGAAACCCAACCAAGUGAGAACCACCGCCUCCACCGGGAAGCCCAGUUGUGCUCCGUCUCUUCUCAUCGCGGCCCUCCUCCACGCCCAAUAAACGUAGGAAUGUCUGAUCAGCCAUACCAAACGACCUAAAAGAAAUAGAACAGUGAACAGCAGAGCCCUUAACAAACAACGCCCCAGUCCCCUUUUACACCAACUUGUCCGGUCUAACGUAUGAGCAGAACCAAAUGGACUCCCAUCUUCCUAUCUGUUUAAUCCGCUCGUCUCCCAGACCUAACCGAGCUGCCUCCGUUGCGGCCCCAAUUCUAAACGAAUGUGUCCCGAAAUGCAUGGGUUCCAGGCCCAGCUUACCCAAUCCUGCACGAAAUAUCCUAACGAACUGAAAACGGGACAAAGCCUUACCGUCAGCAUGGAUGAAGAAACAGCCUUCCUUCUCGGGGCGGACUUCCAAGAAUUCGGCGCCACAAGCCACUGGGCAAACCCUAGACCCUGGCAAUUUGAACAAUGUUACCAAGCUUCCUUUGCCGAAUAUGUCCGUCUUUGAGCGGCACAACUUGACCUGUACCUUAUCUUCACCAAUGGUCACAUCCCCCAACCGAAUCCCACCAACCCCUGCUUUGUUGGUGCUAAGCAGCUCCCCAAUACGGAAUGCCCCGAAGAAUGCCCAGACAAACGCCCCGGAAAACAACACAACUUCAUAUUUGGAAUAACAUAAUGCCGGUAGAACCUCCACUAGUCCUUGCAGCACCGCGAAUGACACUGGCCUCCUCGUAUCCACCGAUUUCUUACCCCUCCGAAAACCUCUUAUGGCUUGCCUGACCAAGAAAUGUUUCGUUAUAUCCUCCCAUCCAUUAAACUUAAAUAGGAAGGCCAACGCCGACAUGUGCCUGUCAACCAUAGCUGGUGAAGCCUUCCUGGAAAAUAGUCGACACAGCACCCAUAACAGUAUAUCUAACCGGUGUUCCUCUGAACAGUCCCCUCCCACUUGUGCCACCGACACUUCCCAUUCGUGCCAAACCUUCACAUAUGACGCCCAGGUGCCCGGUGCCAGGGAAUUCUUUAUGAACUCCCCAAGCAUGAUGUCCCGAGCUGCCACAUUUCUGCCGGACAUGCCAAUCCUUCCUCUUGUGCCUCCGGCGCUGCUUCCCAAAAACGUUUCCACUGUGAACGAGAAAGCGCGUCAGCCACUAUAUUCAAGAAACCUGGAACAUGCCUUGCCCUGAACACUAUAUUGCUAGACAUACAUAAAAGUACCAAGUGCCUUAAUAACCGUAUCACUGCAGGAGAUGAUGCCGACAACCCAUUGAUAGCCUAGACCACUGCCAUGUUAUCUGAGUAAAAUACUACUUUUUUGUUUGCGAGCUGCUUUCCCCAUAACGCCACCGCUACUACCACCGGGAAAAAUUCUAGGAACGCGAGGUUCCUUAUCAGCGAGCUCGUCUUCCACUCCGCCGGCCACUCCUCGGCGCACCAUUGCCCCGCUAAAUAAGCCCCAAACCCCACGCUCCCAGAGGCGUCUGUAAACAAGCCUAUGUCCUUGGAGGAAAAUCCCGGCUCCCGAAAAAACACUAUACCGUUAAAUUCCCUUAGAAACCUUUUCCCAACCCCCAGGUCCGCUCUCAUAUCCGCUGAAACUUUCACGUAAUGAUUCGGCAACCGCACACCGCUCGUCGCCUGGGCCAGCCGUCGACAAAAAACUCUGCCCAUCGGAAUCACCCUGCAUGCAAAAUUAAGACUCCCCAAUAGCGACUGCAGCCCUCGCAAAGUCACUUUUCUCGCAUGCCACGCUGUGUCCACUAGCUGACAAAGCUUAAGUAGCUUGUCCGCGGGCAGUCUGCAUUCACCUUUUACAGAGUCAAUCUCCAGGCCGAGGAAACUAAGGCAUGAGGUGGGGCCAACCGUCUUAUCCCCUGCCAAAGGAACCCCAAAAGAGUGUGCUAUCCAUUGAAACACCCUCAAUAUCUGGCCACACCGCUCAGAUCCUUCCGGCCCUACACACAAGAAAUCAUCGAGGUAAUGCACGAUUGAUCCCCCAGCCGACUCACGUCGUACCACCCAUUCCAAAAAGGUGCUAAACUUUUCACAAUAGGAACACGAGAUGGAACAGCCCAUCGCUAAACACAGGUCUAUGAAGAAACCCCCUUCGAAGAAGCACCCCAAAAGGUGGUGACAACCCGGAUGAAUGGGGAGCAGCCGAAAUGCUGAUUCCACGUCCACCUUUGCCAUCAGUGCACCGUGUCCCGCUCUCCGAACCAACUCGACCGCAUGAUCGAAUGAUGCAUAGGAUACGGAACACAGCGCCGUGUCAAUAUCAUCAUUUACCGAUGACCCCCGUGGGUGCGAUAAGUGAUGUAUCAGGCGAAAUUUCCCUUCCUCCUUUUUAGGGACCACCCCCAGCGGAGACACCCUUAAAUCUUCUAUCGGCGGGGACGAAAACGGCCCCGCCAUCCUCCCCAUCUGGACUUCCUUCAUUAAUUUUUUCCGCACUACCCCCGGGUGGUCCCGGACUGAUUUAAGGUUUGCACACAUGGUUCCCGGACCUUUGACCUUGAAUGGGAUAACAAAACCCUCUGUAAACCCCCGCCAUAAGAACCGCCUCUUCCUGAUUACCGUACUGCCUUAACCACGGCAGCAUCGCGCCGACCUUCACCGGCGACGUUCCCAGUCGCCACCGCCGUGGCUGUUGUACCUGCUGCACCCCCGAAGUUAGAUUUUCCUUUCUUAAAACACCUGUUGACUCCAUGAUUUCCCCCGCAUCCGGAACAUUCAUGUUUAAAUCUACACGAUGCCCCCAAUUUGCACUGCCCUUCAUUGAACAGCCAACAGAACCCCUUCUUCUGUCCGGCCGGUACAGCGCUUCCCGUGGCCGUACCGGCCGUCCCUUGAAAGGGCGCAUUUUUCUGGGCCAUCAUUAUUCUCAUCCAUAAAGGCAGGUCCAUCUGAUCCCACCUCAUACUCGGAUUCGCUGCCAACCGUUGGCGGAAUUGUUCGUCGUACCGCCACCAUGCUAAUCCCCCAUAAGUCCUGUAAGCGUCCCCUAUCCCGUCCAAAUAACAAAACAGCUGCGAACAUCGUUCUGGGUACCGACUACGCUCGCCAAAAUACAGAAGGCUCUGAGCCAAUUCCCAAAAGUCUUGGGUAUCUUCCGAUACCGCCGCUUUUUCUCCUCUUCUUCUUUUUUAGCGUCCUUCUUAUCCUCUUCCUUCAAGUCGAGAAAUUCCUCGAGUGGAAGUAAGGAGAAGAUUUCCAUGAAUUCCCCCUUCCCAAUUUUUUCUUUUACCUCCGCUUUCAGGUGACAUCCUAGUGGUCCCGCGAAGGACACAUGCACGUUUUGCCGUGCCACGUCCGCUAUCUCACCACCCCCGACCACCUGUUGGCCAGACCCGACUGCCUUUCCGGUUCCCGACCCACCGUCCCCCGUUUCGACGGCACCCGACUUGUGUGUCACCAUCCUCUCCGCCCCUUGUUCUUUAUCUCCCCCGUCCUCUGGCGACCAUACCCUACCAAACUGCGGGGUUGACCCCUCAUCUCCCGCCCAGGAGUUAAUGAAAGAUUUUAAGCAACCCAAUAAGGACCCAGUGUGUGGUGUACUUCGUGACUCACCGCCAGUGCCCCCGACCGGCCGGCCGCAGGGUUGCUGUCCUUCCGUCCGCCAUUUCAGGCUCCGGAGACUCCUGUUGCCGCCGACUCCUUUCCGCCUGGCCUCUCCUCGGGACCGUAGGUGUCACGCUCCUCGACCUGCCGGGAAAAUAUAACCUGGGUAGUCUGUCCACGUGUUGUCCUACCCGCCUUUCCUCCCGGCGUUCCUUCCUCCUGUCACUAUCGCUACGCUGUCUCGCUGCCUGACCGUCCCGGCCGUAAGACCUCCUCUGCUGGUCCUUUAAACUCCCGCCCGAUGAACUGGAAGCACUGCGCCUACAUCUUAGCCUCCGUUCCCUGGUGCAUGACCUCUGCCUGCUCCGGUGGCUCCUGGACUGGCUCCUGUCCCUGCUCCUCCCCUGCUCUGCUGACCUCCUCUGGGUGCUGCUCCUGUCCCCUUCACUGCGCCGCUCGCUACUCACUCCUCGCCUCCUGGCCCAGCUCCUGUCCUGCUGCACCUGAGAGCGGCCCAUAGGGGGCUCCUGCUCGCCUCUGACCCCUCUGCAUGUCUCCUUCCUCCUCAGCCCCUGCGGCUCCUCCAUGUCCCUGCAACCUCCUGUCGCUGACCUGCCGUCUCCUCUCCUCUCAUCCCGGCAACUUCCUGAGGGCAGGGAUUCACCCCCCCUCGCAAUUCCCGUCUGCCCGGAGACGCUGCUGCCCCUGUCACCGCUACCUGUCCUGGACCUAUUCCCUGUGAGGGUUAAGCCCGUCCCUGACCUGCCAUCUGCCUCUCCACCUGUCACCUGAGGGGGCGCUGGCGUCGAGCUGUCCUCAAGCACCCCAUCCUCCUGCCCCUCAGUAUCGCCACUAGGGGCGGACUCACCGGGGCGCUGAAGUUCCGGACCAUCACGGCCCUGCUGCCUGGCUGCCAUCCCAGCUGUACAGGAUCCAGCCGUGUCCUUCUGCCUCCCGCCCGCAGACUUGCGGCGGGGCCUUCUCCCACCGGCGGGCUUCCGACUAGCGCCCGCCCGGCGCACUCCGACUCUUGAGGCCCGUCCUUCCGCCUGGGCCGCCUUUUCCCCACUUUGCGGCGCUGGACUCCUCCUCCUCCUUGCCGCUGGCGGUGCUCCCGGGCUGAGUCGUUGGGGCGGACGUGCCCUCCUGGUCGGCCUCCUCUCCGACACCGCAGUGGGGGGAGCAGACGUGCUCGGGACCCCCAGUUGAUCCUGCAGCCACGCCAUCCCCUUCUCUUCCACCAUUCUUCUCACACCGGCCAAGAUUUCUUCGGCAGAAGCCAUCCCUGCAAGAAAAAGAACAGACCACACAAACCUGACAAGUAUCAAGUAAGUGUGAUUUUGAUUAAAAAGGCCAGUUCACCAAAUUGGCUGUUGUUUAAACCCUUAUUCUCCUCCCCCCCUGUCCAGACAUUACUUUUCCACACCCCUUGACCUUAACUUCACCUGCCAACUCUCUGGCCCUGUCAAGGCCCACUCCCCUCCUGUGUUGCUCCAUGGGCUUCAGGAGAACAAGUGAUAACAAUGAGAAGGCACAGAAGAGAACAAGUGAGCAAAGGGGAAUAAUUGGUGUGGAAAAUAGGAGAACAAUAUUGUGAGGUAGAGGGACAGAAGAGCAGAAUAGGUGAUUGAAGGUGGGAGAGAAAAAAAGAAACAAGGGAGGGACAGAGAACAAAAAGUGAGAAAUCAGAUUAAUGAAGAUUGGUAAAACUAACGAGUGGGAAUAAAGAAGAGGGAUUCACAUAACAAAUCACGUAACAAAUGAAGGAUGGAGAAAAGAAGAGGGGUACAAGUGAGGGACAGGGGAAAUAUUAGGGGUACAAGUGAGGUAUUGGGAUAAAGAAGAGGUGUACAAGCUAAGAGUGACGUACAAGUGAGGGAAGAGGGGAAUGAGAAGAGGGGAGCAAUUGGAGAAAGAGGGUUAUGGGUUGAGGGGCAUAAUUGGGGAAAGGGAGAGAGGAACACAUGUGAGAAAGAAAUAAGUGAAUAGAGUGGGGUAGAGAAAGAUGAACAGGGGCAAAUAGGAAUUGGAAACACAAACACACUUACACAUGCACACUAAAUACCCCUACAUGCACAAGAAAACUUCACACAAAUAUGAUCCUGCAUACGCACACACACUGGAACUCUAUGAAACACACUAGCACUCUAAGCAAAUGCACCCAUUAUUCACAUGCAGUCACUAUCAUUUCACACAAAUAUGUUCCUACAUACAAAUUGCCAUUCAGACACCUAACCAGUCACAUACUCUGAACCGGUCAUAUUCCCCUAUCCACCCAGUCAGUCCCAUCUCACCUCCCAGUUAUACAUACGUUAUACAUACGUCACAUUCGCACACUAAGCCAAAUAGCAUGUCACUUACUCCCCACCCACCUGGCACUUAUUACCAUCUGACCACCUGCCUAGUCAUAAUUCCCAUACCGUCAUACUGCAAACUACUCACAUUCCUCCAUCACAUAACCCAAACUAGUCCCAUUUAUCCAACCAAUCACAAAACCCAAACACCAAACUUCUUAUAUAUGACAUGCCAGGGUGUAUUGAGGAAACUGGCCGUGGGCAGCAUAGAGGGUAUAUGCAGCCCUGCAUCCAGGUGCAAAAAGUAGAUAAAUGGUACGAAUGUAUCCAAUCUUGCAAACUUCAUAGGGUGACGGAGCUUUGCCAUUGUCCUUUAGUUGCCUUCAGGAUGUUUUUAUUUACUUUUUUAGAAAGUGUUUUUUUUUUAACAGGAAUAGAAAAGUCAAGCACAGGCAGUACACACCUAGCAUUAUAAGUUGUUCAUUUAGCAUAAAUAUAACAUAGAUGACCAUCAUCAGUUUUUACAGGAAUGGGUUGGGUGCUUGAAUUGUGUCACUAUACACAAAUGCCAGUAAUAAUAAUAAUAAUACAAGUGAACAAAUAGAUAUCUAGAUUCAUUCUCUACUAGCAUUCCCUUAGCAGUUUAACCCCUUAAGGACCAAACUUCUGGAAUGAAAGGGAAUCAUGACAUGUCACACGUCAUGUGUCCUUAAGGGGUUAAUCUUGUUUCUAUGGGACUUUAUUCUAAAAAUCUAAAUCAAGUUAUGAAUUAUAAAUGUUUUUAGUAUAUCAAUGCCAAUGUAAGGAGCUAAGAGUGACGUCUACUAAAUUGCACGUAUUGUCUUCAUGGUAAAAUAACCAUUUGGCUUAGCAUUGCUGGAUUUUUUGGAAUGUACCUUUUAUUGGACAGGAAGUCCACUCUUUAAUCCUCUAUAAUGGUGUGAAAACCAUAGAGUAUCCAUACGGAUACCUGUAACUGAUUAACAAUAAAUUUGCUGUAGUAUUGUCAAGUAAUAUAAAAACAGAGUUAUGAUGAAUAAGUAUAUCAAUAUUUAAUAAAUAAAUGAAUCAAUAGCAUUAAAACACACUAAAAUUUCAUACUUAUAUAGAUAAAAAAGGGGUCUUUUAAAUCCCAAAGACGUAUAUUAACCCUUUCAGUCACAGAGGUUUUUAACAUGUGAUUCUUGUGUGAAUGAAAGCGUUAAAUAAUUCGGAUUAUCUGAAGGAUAAGGAUGGUGUAACGGACCGUUUUGCACACAAGGGGUAAAAAAACGUUUAGGCGAUCGGCCCCCUUUCCCGAGAUACAGGCACAGCUACUGCAGAACACCAAACUCCCGAACUGGAUACAAAAUAGCACUCCAACUCCCGAACUGGAACCUCCCAAAUAGCUGCUAGCAGACGAACAGGAAAAGCAGACAAUCAGCUUACACUCCUGGCAAUCAGUCUCUAACAGCAUACAGUGAAUCCCCCCCAAGAACGAGACAAGGCUCUGUGUUGAGGGUCAAGCAGUGGACUGUUUAAUGAAGGCUACCUGCCCGGCUUUUAUGCAGGUCUCCCACCUGGUGGACACUCCCCUAGGGGACCAAAUGGGAGACCGUGACAAGGGACAGACAAGUAGACAAAUAGGACACACAGUCACAGUAUAUUCCCACAAUGCAUCCUGGCUUCCUCCCCUCUGCCCUGGGAGAUAAUUGAGAAGUAACUCCCAAGACAAAGGCAAAACUCCAUUAACCAUGUAGGGACACAAAACCAGUAUUAUACUUUAAAAUACAUAAAGUAACAUUUAUUACAUAAAACACAGACAUGUAACAUAUCCCCAGAUAGCUCAGGUCUGAGUGCACAUUAUUAGGUGAAUGGCACUCAGACCACAUGAAUACAGUUUAAUCGCCAUGGAGCCAAAGUCUUUACAGUCAGUUUCAUACGAAUGGGCUCCAUGGGAUUCCUAUCUGGGGUAUAACCUAUUCAAACAGAACUACCGAAAAACUGUGUCCGAUUUUAGUUCCAUGAAAAUAGGGGCGAACACCGCUGUGCAUUCGUAUGUUUAAAAUGGCCGUGACUUUGUGUUCGGGAUACGAAUGGCGGCCACCCAGCAUUCGUCAAUUAAACUGCGGUUAACCGCAGCUUCAGGGAGGUUAAUUGCCGGCACACUCCAGCUCCCAGGUGGUCCAGUCAUUCGUACGGUUGUUCGGUAGAUUGAAUCUACCGAACCCCAGGCAGAAAAGCACGAAUGAAGCUUUUCUACAGGUAAAAAAGAUGUCUUUUAACAGGGGGCCAUAGUCCAAAGGCAGCAGGCGAGCAACCAGGCUUCUCCAAUGCAAUGUGGCGAGAUUGGUCUCGUCACAGAUGGAAUAUUUUGUUUGGAAGUUGGAAUAAAAACAAAAGUAGUAAAAGGUAGCAGACUGAUGUUUUAUCUCUGAUUAGGAAAAUUGGGACUUGCUGUUUACUAAAUGGAAUUUACAUGAAAGGUAUUCCCUGCAGUUUAGCUGGAGAAAGGGUUAAGGAUUUUCAUUUUAACAGGCAGAAAAACACAGCAGUGAUAAUCCACAGUCCUAUCGGGACUUUAGUCAAACUCUCUCAGCUUCCCUCCUCACACAGCUUGCAUGCAGGUCAUGGACUCCCCGAGAUGUAAGGGAUACACUUUUUCACAGAAAACACAAUUAGCAGGAAAAAAACAAAAAAGAAAAACAGACUGGAUUCUUGCAAGUCUCCAGUAGUCACUAACAGACAUACAUCAUAAACACAAUGUGUGACUAAAGAUAAAGUUAAUAAAGGAGAAAUAACCAUCUGGGCAAUAUAUAUAAUACUACUCAGAUAGACCAAAAAUAACAAUAAAAGGACAGAUUAAAAAAUACACUUGUGAUAUAGUAUAGAAAUAUAUGUACAAGAAAUCUGAAUGAUCCAUUUAGUUUCUGCCAUGUUGAAAUGUCUUUUUCGCUUGGCAGUACCAGCAUAUUUGGCCUAUAACUUCUAUACCCAUAAUAGAGAUAUGGGAUGGGUCACUAUCAUGGGCUAAUUGGAAGUGGCGUUCUGUCAGAGAUUUCUUGUCUUUGUGUAGUAUGGCCAGUCUAUGUUCCCUAAAACCUAGUUUGCCCUACGUACCUAAAGGACCACUAUAGUGCCAGGAAAACAAACUCGUUUUCCUGGCACUAUAGUGCCCUGAGGGUGCCCCUCCCGCCAGGCUGAAGGGGGAGGAAGGGGGUUAAUCACUUACUUUUCUCCAGCGCUGGGCUCCCUCUGGGCUGGUGAAUCUCCUCCUCCUUCGGUCGUCAUUGGCUGAAUGUGCAUGCGCGGCAGGAGCCAUGCGCGCAUUCAGCCGCGAGAGCAUUCAGCCAGUCCAUAGGAAAGCAUUCUAAAUGCUUUCCUAUGGACGCUGGCGACUUCUCACUCUGAAAAUCACAGUGAGAAGCGCGGAAGCGCCUCUAGUGACUGUCAAUGAGACAAUGUCACAUAUUCAUCCGCUUAUAGAAAUGUGGUUAAUGACAUUUACUGUCCACACAGGAAAAGUUGUGCCGAGCAGCAACCUAAUCCACAGAAGGGUUAAUGCUGAGCAGUAAUUGUGCAAAUGAAACCUGGUGUCAUGUAUUCAUCCGCUUAGAGAAAAGUGAUUAAUGACAUUUACUGUCCACACAGGAAAAGUUGUGCCGAGCAGCAACCUAAUCCACAGAAGGGUUAAUGCUGAGCAGCAAUUAUGCAAAUGAAACCUGGUAACUGACUUUGGGGUCAAAGGCCGGUUACAGCCUAUCAGAACUAAAGGAGGGGUAUUUAGGCCCAGUUCUCAGCCUGCUCAGUGCCCUGUCGUGGUUUCCCUUGUGGUUGUCUGAGAGCGCGUUCCUGUUUAUAGUUUUCUACCUGGUUUUUUACUUUGGCUUUGUUUAUUGACUUCUCUAUAUUCUGGUAUCCUGACUCCUGGCUUUCCUCAUCGCUGUGUCCCUUUCUGUGUUCCCUGACCUUGGCUAGUAUUUUUGACUAUUCUUUGUACGUUAAAUCCGGCCAUUCUAAGGACCGGUAAUACGUUACUUAUUUGUCAUCCGUGCUGUACAGUUCUACGUGCUGGAUCAAACAGUAAUCCUGACAGACAACCACUAGAGGGUGGAUUAACCCAUAUCUAAACAUAGCAGUGUAGCGGAGUAGCAAGGGUUAAUCCAAGGACUCUCGGUUGGAACAAAGAUUCAGCAUACAAAAAGUAUAGGACACAGCAUAAUCCUCCUCCCCAAGGACUAGACGUCACAUAGUCUGGGAGUCAACUGGCCUUUAAUGCACAAGCUCUGCUUUUAUGUGUUUUUCCCAUGCAAGGGAGGCAACUUUCAUAAUUAUUACAGUAUCCAAUCACAUAGUCGGUACCUCCCCCACAUCUCCUCCCCUUAGCUUAACAGUUAACCUUAUGAAAAUGUACAAAUUUUUUCCCAAUUCUCGGAUGUACCCCAAAUAUGACCUGAUCUGGGUGAGAAACAUACUCAAAAAUCACCCAGAUCAGACUAGGGGUUAUUGAGGAGUAAAGAUUUGACAGACCGCACGGGCACAGUAGCCGAAAAUAGUUCCAUAAGUUUUGGCCCUGUGGUCGGUCUCAGUUCACAUGUAAAAAGUCCCGAAAGUCUAUGCCAUCCAGUAUUAACUUUGCAUUCGGAUGAAUCCCCUGGUUCGCAGGAUUCAUCCUACCGAAUGAUGGGCUGUUCGUGUGUUUUAUUUGCCACUUUCUGGAGUCCUGGAAGUCUUAGCGGUGCUUGGUUAGUCGUGUGUCCGAUUUGAGUUCCAGACACUCGAUGACCAAACACCGUUGUUCGUGCGUAAGAUGGCCGCCACCACGUGUUCGGCAUGCGAAUGGCGGCCGCACACGAAUCCCAAUUAACAGCCUCUGCAACAUUAUUGCCUUUCGGUAAUGAGGGGCACACGACUACACCUGGGUGGCCCCUCAUUCGGUAUUUUACAUCGUUUUCAUGAACAAGGCAGGGAAUACAGUUCAGGAACCGACUGCCUGAAUAUAAUCUUCCCAAUAGCGGCCAUUUUAAUCACAGUUCAUUCGAAUCUCGAAAGUCUUUUUAUCAGUCCUUUAGUGGCUAGGUUUGCCACAAGCAGUUUCUUUGAAACUGCUAUGUUUACAGCAGGCAGGGUUAAUCCUACAUGGACCUGGCACCCAGGCUACUUCAUUGAGCUGAAGUGGUCUGGGUGCCUAUAGUGGUCCUUUAAGCCCACAAGUACAAGUGAGUAAAUAGACCAGAAAAAUAGUAUUACAAUUUAUUCUCUGUUGGAUGACAUGUUCCUCCUCACCUAAUGUUUGUCCAUACUGCGUGACCCCAUGGCAUAAAUACUUGCUAAAAAGUUAUGCGUUUGGUACCCUCACAUCUAAAGUUGCCCUCACAUCUAAAGUUGGGAUUCGACUUUAUACCCUCAUAAGGCUAAAAUUUGUAAUAUUUCUGUUUCUCCUAAGAGUUAUCCUAGGAUUGCUGGAGAGACUGAAUUUCAACCAAGGUUCUAAUAGUAAAACAGGCUAUUGCUUCUGUAAGAUACCUAUGAUAUCAUCAUUGGAUUUGUUAAAUACUGUGGAAAAGAUAGGACCUUUAUUUUUGAGAACCUCCUUUGUACUGAUACUGUAUUUACUCGGUUGAAGGAUGAAUUUAGGUUCCCAGCUAUAUAGCAGGUGUAAAAUCUUGUCAUGUGUUUCUGUGGGGGUAGGUGGACAGGUAGGGGUUAUGGUCCUUAUAUCUAUUAUAGAUAAAGGGUUUUACACCUGCUAUAUAGCUGGGAACCUAAAUUAAAAUUUUUUAAUAUUUACAGUUGAGAAAACUCCCAUUGAAUAUUGUUUAAAAAAUACAAAAAACAUCUUCAAUAGUUAAAAAUAUCACACCCAAUAAAUAGUGCUGUAAAUGAACGAGCUUCUCUGGAGUUAUAAAUAACAAAGCAAGGAAAUACUGGUACUAGGGAGUGAUUUCAAUCUGACUCUAGAACCAAAAUGGGACUCAUCCUCAGGAGUGUCCCACGUACCGCCACACCACCUCUCCUCUAUCAAAACCCUUAUCAAACGUUUAAAACUAAUUGACUAGGGACGAACUGGAUUAUACCUUCUUAUCACAUCCCCACAACACUUACACUCAACUUGACUACUUUUUUCGUGACCCGCCACAACUUAUCACUGGUCAAGCGAGCUGAACAUGGAACCGCUACAUGGUCUGAUCAUGCCCCUGCAUUAAUUAUGCUCACGUCCCCUCUUUACAGAUCCAAAGUGAUAAAAUGGAGACUAAACAAAUAUUUGCUUUCCCUACCCGACACACUUACUGACAUAGGCAAGGUACUGAGGAAUUACUUCACAUCAACACUCCAGACCAGACGAAACCCACAGUAGUCUGGCCAAAAGCAGACAAGCCACGUACAUAGACAAAAUCUGCGACAAAACAGGGGUAUUGCACAUCUAUCUACUAAAAUCCAGGAGGCGAUACACGCACAUUAUUAGGAUCUCUACUCUCUCCCAGAACUUCAGACAGCCGUGACUCAAAACAGCCUGCGGGACACGAUACAAUCCAACUUAAUGACACACACCUCAACAUAUCUAGACAAAGACGUAGCUGACUCAUUAGACCAGGAGUAGUCAACCUUUUUAUACCUACCAUCCACUAAUGCAUCUUUCUUGAUGGAAAAAUUUCCUUACCACCUACCAGUUCUCGCGCAAGUGCGGAAUAUUUUUUAGAAAGAAGGGUGUUUAAAAAAAAAUAAAAAAAAUGUACGUACAUUUAUCUGUUUAUUUCUACUUUAUGCAUGUUUAUAAUGUUAUUAACUUUAUAAAGUUAAUGAGAAAACAAUACAGUAAAUUGAAAUUACAUUUACUAGUGAUUAAUGAGAUCCUUGAGGCUGAUGCUGCAAGACUAAAUAAUUGAUAUCUGGUUUGAUUUUCAUAAGGAACAAACAAAGGUCUCCUCUUCGGUAAUAUUCAGACGACUUCUCUGUUUGCGCAUAAUAUGAUUUCUCAUCCGUGCAUCAGCUCCCCUCCCUCCUCAAUUCCCUCCCACCCACUUUUUUCCUUUUUUCUAUUUUUUCAAUUUUUUUACCUUCCUUAUAGCAAUGCCCAGCAGGAAGUCUGAGCUAGGUAGCCCACUUAAUAUUAUUAGCCAACAACAAUUCUCUCCUUUUCCUUUUUAUAUUUUCUUCUUUCUCCUUUUUACAAGUAUUCUGCUCCUUCUUUCUCUUAUUCCACAAAUACUCUGCUCCUUCUUUCUCCUUUUUUACAAGUACUCUGCUCCUUCUUUCUCCUAUUUUACAAGUACUCUGUUCCUUCUUUCUCCUAUUCUACAAGUACUCUGCUCCUUCUUUCUCCUAUUCUUCAAGUACUCCACUCCCUGAUACCUACUCCAACUCCUCCCCUUCCUCUCCCCUCAUGUUACACUCAUUCAUGAGCGAGGGCACGCGUGAUAUGGGCGCACAUACGCAUUCAGGCACCCAAGCUUGCGCUUUCAUGCUCUUACAUCUGCAACCUCCCACUUCCUGCUUACCACUGAGUGAACGAGAGAUGAAUGAAGCAUUCAUCUCUCUGGAAGGAGGAAUCUGCUACCGCCCACCUGGAAUCCCAAAAUGCCCACUGGUGGGCAGUAGAGACCAGGUUGACGAUCCAUACAUUAGACAAACCCAUCACCCUCGCUGAACUGGCAAAGACUGUGAAGACAUCGAAACCAGGCAAGAGCCUGGGUCCAGAUGGCCUGCCACUACGGUACUAUAAGUGCUUAGCUGACAUCCUCUACAUGCAACUAGUGGCCUCAUAUAACUCCAUAAGAUACAUCCAGAACAUACCCACCCAAUCAUUGACAGCAAAUAUUACUAGCCUACCAAAAGAGGGCAAGGACGGAGAGCACUGUGGAAAUUACAGACCCAUCUUCAUCAUCAACUGCGACCUGAAAUUGAUGGCAAAGAUCCUGGCAUCGCGGCUACAGAUGCAACUCCCUACACUAGUACAGGUGGGGUUUGUGACGGGUUGUGAUGCCAGGGACAACACUAUUAUGACACUUUCAGUCAUGCAUGUGAAGCUGGCUGGAUGCAGGGGCUUUCUCCUGCUAUCCACAGACUCGGAGAAGGCCUUCAAUAGGAUUAGCUGGAAUUACUUGUUUCAAGUAAUGCUUAGGGCUGGGACCGCACAUGAGGGGCUGGAUAGAAGUACUCUGCUUCUUUUUUCUCCUCUUUUUACAAAUACUCUGCUCCUUUCUCCUUUUUUACAAGUACUCUGCUCCUUCUUUCUCCUAUUCAACAAGUACUCUGCUCCUUCUUUCUACUUUUUUACAAGUACUCUGCUCAUUCUUUCUCCUAUUUUACAAGUACUCUGUUACAUCUUUCUCCUAUUCUACUAGGCAGUCCAAGACACAAGUGAUCAUGAACGGCACCCUCACAGAGGAAUCCUCUUUCUACAAUGGCACAUGCCAGGGAUGCCCCCUAUUUCCGCUGCUCUUCAUCCUUGCCCUUGAGCUGUUCCUGACGGCACUAAGACGAAAUCCGUACAUCACAGUUGUAGAGAAGGGGACCAUGCAUUACAAAGCUCACAGCAUAUGCGGAUGACCUCCUCUUUUUUAUCACAAACCCAGAAAUUUAAUUCCCAAACAUCUUACAAGAAUUUAAAGAAUACGGAGUCUCCAAAAUGAAAAUAAACUUCUCCAAGUCCUUUGUCCUGAAUAUGUCCAUGCCCAGGGACCAAGCUGAAUCGCUUCAAAACGGAUUCUAAUGGGCAGAAUCUAAUGGGCAGAAUCUAAAAUACGCUACUUGGGCAUAUAGCUAACCAAGAAUAGAGUAGACCUAUUAAAUAGAAUUUUGCCCCAAUGCUAAGCACGCUUAAGAGGGACUUGCAGGAAUGGUCUUACCCGCACACCACGUGGCUGGGCAGCAUCCAAAUAGCUAAAAUGAACUUCCUCCUGCGACUGCUAUAUCUGCUGCAGGCUUUCCUCAUCUUGAUUUCAAGGUCCUACUUUAAUUCCCUACGUAUGGCACUAGAGAAAUAUGUAUGUAAAGGAAAAAAAACCUAGACUAAAGUAUGACUAACUAACGCAGCCCAAGGAAAGGGGAGGUCUGGCAAUGCUGGAUUUCUUUCUUUAUUAUGCCGCAUGCAAUCUCCUUCGGAUAGUGGAAUGGUCCAAAAGCAAAGUGAAAAAACUUUGGAAACAUUGGAGGAAGCAGAUAUAGGCACCCUAGUAGCCCUGAUUCAGUGGUUGACCGGGGGUUUGAAGGGGGUUGCACCCAUAUAUACACAUGCCACACUACAGGUCUGGCACGGGAUAGGGGGAAUGAGCGGCCUUACCUCAUAUACAUCACCACAACACCACUUUCAAGCCAGGCCUAGACCCUAGCGAAUUUAAAGACUUCUCUACUGACUCACUGCCCAGCCUAAGCUACCCACACCCUGUGAGGGGGCUGAAAUCCCUCCCCGACCUCUUUAGGUAAUCGACCCCAACAUUUAUACAACUAUUCAAAUACAAACAGCUGACAAGCUUUAUCAAAACAUUACCACAGGGACAGGCACUGAAACGUGCACCCACACUAUUUGAACAGACGUGCAUUGAUCCAGAGCUGCUCUUGCAUGGCGUGUCCCUAUACUCCAUGCUGCAAAUGCUCAUUCCAAUAGAAUCACCAACAUUUAUAGGGAAAUGAGAAACAUCCCUAUACCACAGGUUUGGUGACGGGGAUUGGGAAGAAAUAUACUACCUAAAUCACAGAUAUGUAAAGUCUUAAGCAAAACUCAGGAGACAGCCAACAAACUGCUAACCACUAUAUGAAUGUAUUGCAUUCCUGACAUGCUUUUAUUUUCAGUUUUACAUCUAUUUCUAUUUUAUAAUAUUUUUUAUCCAGAUAUUUUUAUCCAAUACUUAUUAAGUAUUUUAUCUCUCUCUACGUCAAGAUAGAGUAUUAGAUCUCCUGGUACACUUACAUAACUAUUCAUACAUAACUAUAUACUAUGAUUUAUGUAUUUCCGUAUGUUAUUAGUAUUUUUUGAUGUAUAAUAUAAUAGAUUGUAUUAUAUGUACAAUAUAAUAGAUUAGAUAAAUAGUUGUAGUUGUUUUUGUCACAUAUAAUGUUAAAUAUAAAUGUGAUAUGAUAUAAUUUUUUAAUAUAUAACAGUGCCUGAGUGCUUCCACACUAUUCCGUAGGACCCGGUGGUCUAAUACGGAAGUGUGUUCCGGCACAAAUUGCCAAUAAAGUUGUUUGCGUUCCAAGGUGGAACACAUGCGCACGCGCGGCUAUGGGUAUGGACAUUUUAGCCGCGAUGCGCAUGCGCGCAAUAAAAAGAACGCGCGAAACACAGAAUUUAAAAAGCCGGAAGAAAGAAGCCAUGUACAGCUCUUGAGAAAGUCGGUGAGACGAAACGCGUCGAGCAGCUUAAACACCCCUAUUGAUAUCUAUUGGACAGAUUUGGACUCCAGCUGAAUAAGGACUGACCAGUACUGAAUCUGGAGAAAUCGGAUCCACUGUACAAAGGGUAUUUAGCCCAAGGGGCUGACAAGCUUUUAUAGCACAAUUUAGACAUAUGUCCCUAUUGUGCCAAUAUUUUUGUGAGUGUAUUUUUUAUCUUUUUUAAUAUUUGUAUUUGUACCAUUAAAUACUUCACUAUAUACUGUUCCAUUUUUAUCUCUCUACAUGAUACCUUGUGUCUACUAUUUGGUAAAUAUAAUUACACGUGUGUGAUUGUGGCGCCCCCGGUGGUAUAUGUUUUUUAACUAUACUAAUUUGUUGUAUUGUACUGUUUGGGAUUGGGAGUGAUCCCUAUUUUGGAGUGGCUAGCCUGCACGACUUUAAGCACUUUUAUUCCCACUUACCGUUUUUCUAUUUUAUACAUGAAGUCAGCUGACAAGACACAAAAAUACCCUUACGUGAUGCUACCUGCUAUCUCAUGAAAAUUGAUAUUUACAAAAGAAAAAAAAAUACAAAGCAACAAAAAAGUGAUUAUUAAAAAUAGCACAUCUGCCACGCCUUUUAUAGUUAUAGUAACUGAAUGUAACUUAUUAUUUAUAUAUUUAGGAUUUCUUUGUAAGAAAGAACACGAAACGUAAGUACAUUUUAGUUGACAUAAUACACAGAGCUAUCUCUCACUCGACCACCCUCUAUAUAAUAUACACAGCUAUCUCUCAUUCUGCUCCUCUCUAUAAUAUACACAGCUAUCUCUCGCUCUGCUCCUCUCUAUAUAAUAUACACAGCUAUCUCUCGCUCUACCGCUCUCUAUAUAAUAUACACAGCUAUCUCUCACUCUGCUCCUCUCUAUAUAAUAUACACAGCUAUCUCUCACUCUGCUCCUCUCUAUGUAAUAUACACAGCUAUCUCUCACUCUGCUCCUCUCUAUGUAAUAUACACAGCUAUCUCUCACCUUCCUCCUCUCUAUAUAAUACAAAUGGCUAUCUUUCAUUUGAUUUCUAUUAUUUAUAUUCACGUUGCUGUUUUUUCUCUAUAGUACUGCCAUCCAGCAAAAUGUUAAUGAACCUGUGGCUGCCGGUAAGUUAGACAUGUUAGUAAAUUGGUAAACGCACACAAUGUGAAGUUAGUUUGUUUAUUUUGUGGGAUAACAAAGGCGCUGAGAUUAUAACUGUAUCUGUCUCUCUGGUAAAGGGUAAGAGCAACUGUUCCAACUGUACAGCUCCCCAUCAGCAGAUCCGUAGGUCAGCAGAUUGCUUUCAUACAGCCUGCAUACUAUGCAAGAAAAUUACUUUUACAUAGUUGAAAAUAGACUCAAGCCCAUUGAAAUCAACUUUUAAAGACAUCUUUUUAUGUCAUUGUUCCAAAAGAAGGCAGAAAAUAAAAUUUGACUUUGCCCAAUGUCAGUUUGGACAAUAAUGCCAAAAAAAUGGGGGGGGGAGGGGUAGACAGGGGGAAUCUAUUACGGCAAUCAGAUUUUUUUCUUUGAUCAAUAAACUGUUCUUAUGCGUAUCCAUUAUAUCAUUGAAUAUUCAGUUUUCCCAAAAAAAUAUCCAUGCCCUUUUAAAGAUAUCUUCAGAAUCUGAUAAGACAAUCUUUAUGAAUGGAUAAUUCCACAUCUUAAUUGUUGUUUCUGUAAAGAACCAUUUUCUCUGUUUUAAGAGAAAACAUAUUUCUUCCCGUCUCAAAGUAUGACCUCUAGGUGUAACCUAAUGAACAGGCUGGAACAUAGCAGUUUGUACUGAAUAUUUGUAUAAUAUUUGUAUAUUGCUAUCAUAUUCUCUGUGAGGGGCAUUUUAUUUAAAGAAAACAAAUGUGAUUUUCUAGCCUAAUGUUUUUAAUCCCCUUUAAUAAUUUUGUAGCACUCCUCUACACUUUUUUCUAGUUUUGUCAUAUCGUUCUUUAAAACUGGAUUCCAAAACAUUGCUGCAUAUUCAAGGUGGGAUCGUACAAUUAUAACCGGGCAAAAUUGUAUUUUGUUCACGUCUCAAUCCCUCUUUUUAUACAUUACAGCUUCCUAGGCAUUGUGUUGGCAGAUCGAAAUUGUAGACGGUUGCUUUGUCUAAUUGUUCUCAAUUUUUAUUUAAAGGAUCACUAUAGUGUCAGGGAAACAAACAAAGUGCCCAUCCCAUGUGUUCCCUAUUAAGGGCUAAUAAGCAUGUAGGAAUGUAUAUAAAAAAUACCCCUUUCUGUCUCAUUAGAGAUAUUUUUGCCAGAAGCUCAAGGAAGCAAGGCGAAAGGUUAGAGUUAGGAAAUAUAGAAACAUAGAAACAUAGAAUGUGACGGCAGAUAAGAACCAUUCGGCCCAUCUAGUCUGCCCAAUAUUCUAAAUACUUUCAUUAGUCCCUGGCCUUAUCUUAUAGUUAGGAUAGCCUUAUGCCUAUCCCACGCAUGCUUAAACUCCUUUACUGUGUUAACCUCUACCACUUCAGCUGGAAGGCUAUUCCAUGCAUCCACUACCCUCUCAGUAAAGUAAUACUUCCUGAUAUUAUUUUUAAACCUUAACCCCUCUAAUUUAAGACUAUGUCCUCUUGUUGUGGUAGUUUUUCUUCUUUAAAAUAUAGUCUCCUCCUUUACUGUCUUGAUUCCCUUUAUGUAUGUAAAUGUUUCUAUCAUAUCCCCCCAGUCUCAUCUUUCCUCCAAGCUGUACAUGUUAAGAUCCUUUAACAUUUCCUGGUAAUUUUUAUCCUGCAAUCCAUGAACCAGUUUUGUAGCCCUUCUCUGAACCCUCUCUAAGGUAUCAAUAUCCUUCUGAAAAUACGGUCUCCAGUACUGUGUACAAUACUCCAAGUGAGGUCUCACCAGUGUUCUGUACAAUGUCAUGAGCACUUCCCUCUUUCUACUGCUAGGACCCACCUAAGAGGUCUGCCUUGACGUGGCAGGUGGGCAUACCUUCUCAUGGCCAUUGGAGGUAACUAAAAAACUAAAUUUCAGUAAAAAUAGGUGUAUAUAUUAGGUUAACCCCUUAAGGACCAAACGUCUGGAAUAAAAGGGAAUCAUGACAUGUCACACAUGUCAUGUGUCCUUAAGGGGUUUAAAAUACAAUAUAAAACAAUCACUCCACCACACAUAAAUAAGUAAAUCAAAUAGUAGAAGUGGUGAGAGCACACACAGAAUAAAUUAUCAAAUUAGUUACCUCUAUGUUCAAUUAAAAUCCUGUAGAGACAAAAUCAGGAAAAACAGACAUAAGGUAAUAACGUACAGUUAAUUAAUAAAUAAACAAAUAAAUGUGCAAACUCACAUAUUUCUGAGCCACUUAAAAUAAAAGCUGGCUCAGACUAAGAACGUUGAAUGGAUUGAUGUAGUGACAAGAAAGAACACGAAACGUAAGUACAUUUUAGUUGACAUAAUACACAGAGCUAUCUCUCACUCGACCACUCUCUAUAUAAUAUACACAGCUAUCUCUCAUUCUGCUCCACUCUAUAAUAUACACAGCUAUCUCUCACUCUGCUACUCUCUAUAUAAUAUACACAGCUAUCUCUCACUCUACCGCUCUCUAUAUAAUAUACAUAGCUAUCUUUCGCUCUACCUCUCUCUAUAUAAUAUACACAGCUAUCUCUCACUCUGCUCCUCUCUAUAUAAUAUACACAGUUUUUAUGAUAUGCUAGAUAUGUCUGUUUGCACCAGGGCUUAAAGUUGUCAGAACUCCAUUACCCUAGGUGUAGUCAGAUUGCUUAAGGUAUGUGGUUCCCUACUUACCUCCCUCUGUGUGACUGCUCCCGCCUCCCCCGCCCCUGGGCGUAGGAACCCCAAAAAAUCUGGGGGGGAUAGCAUUUUUACUCGCCGGGUAUAUUCUUAUUCCGUAAAGUAUGAGUUGUUUAUCCCAUUGCACAGCGCUACAGAAUUUGCAGUUGCUAUGUAAAUGAUUAAAUAAUAACUUUAAAGGGUCACUACAGGGAAGGGAUUUUACUUACCCGGAUACAGCGCCGGGAUCCUCCUGAUGCUGCUCCCCCUAUUUCGUCAAAAUAACUAAAUAGGAGGGUGCGAGCAGGGAGCAAUAAAACACUUCUAUUCAGAAGCGUCAUUGCUCUCUGGUGUGCAUGCGCAGCUUUGCCGCACAUGCGCAGAUACUUCAUAGGGCGGCAUUCAUGUCUCGACUAGGAAGCACCUCUAGUGGCCAUCUGAGUGUCCACAGGAGGUAUUCCUCAUCAGUAAUGUAAAUACUGCCUUUUUACGAAAUGGCUGUGCUUACAUUAAAAAGCCUGCAAAGACAUGCUAUAGACACCAGAACUACUACGUUUAGCUGUUGUGGUUCUGGUGACUAUAGUGUCCCUUGAAUAUAGAGAGGAAAAAAGAAUCAUCACAAAUGUAAGAAAUAAAAUGUCUGUAUCAUUAUUCUAAAAAUUAUUUUAAAAAAAUAAAAAAAUAUGCACAUUCCUAGCUUAAUUUUUAGCACGGCAUAUGACACAUACAUUUUGUACUUUGCAGAUUACUUUUUAUAUUUUUUUAUACAUAUACAGAUUGUGUAAUACUGCCCCUGACCACAUUUCCUAACUGCCAUUCAGUGACACUUUCAGAAAUGCAUUCCAUACAUUUUACUACCCGUCUCUACCCCUUCCAUUUAUAUUAGAACCCCUUUCCAUGUAAAUUAGAGAUUAGUGCCACGAAUAAUAUGCUAGAUUGCCUACUUACAACCAGAUGAGGAUGAUGAUGGGCUCUAGCUGCAGUCUGGCUCCACUGGUCUGGUGUAGAACAGGCUCUCUGGAGGCGGUUUGUAACUGUGGUCACAAAAAUCAAUGUUCUGGGAGAACGGGAAGCAGCUCCAUUUUUUGGGGGCCCUUUACACAGCUCAAGGUCUGGGUCCCAGGGUCCACCUUCAUGUUCCACCAAUGAGUUUGUUCACAGGGAGUGGAGUGUGUAGGGGAUGUCCUGAUAUGUGUCUAAGGGCUGCAAGGUGUGUUUCUGUGUAUGUACGGGAUGCAGUGUGUGCGUCUGUAAGGGGUGCAUUGAGUGUGUGUACGGGGUGCAUUGAGUGUGUGUAAGGAAUGCAUUGUGUGUUUCUGUGUGUGUGUGUGAUGGAUGUCAAUCUCUCUCCCUCCCCCUCCCUUGUCACUCUCUUUCUCCCCCUCCCUCCAUCCCUCCCUCCCUUGUCACUCUUUCUCCCCCUCCCUCCCUCCCUUGUCACUCUUUCUCCCCAUUCCUCCCUCCCUCCCUUGUCACUUUCUCCCCCUCCCUCCCUCGUCACUCCUUUUGUUUCCUUUACCUGGCCGGACUAACAGGAAGUGCACACUCAGUGUGCACUUCCUGUUAGUCCGGCCGGAUACAGGAGACAGAUGCUCCCUGUACCUGCGGUCCAUGAUACAGGGCUCGGCCACGCUACAGAGAGGGAGUGACAGGAGGGAGCGCUGAGCGUUCAGCGCUUCCCUCCUGUCAGCCCCUCUCCUCAGGCUGCGCCCGGGCGGUGCGGUCUGCCUUCAUGGACGCACCGCCCGGGCAAAGCUGCAGCCGCCUGCGGCUCUCUACAGAGCGCUCUGGCGGCUGCAGCAUGGGGGGGGGGCGGCGUGGCUGGGGGGGAUUUCCCCAUAACCUGCCCCCCCCGCAUGAUUUGCUGGGGGGGAUGCGUCCCCCCCAUCUCCCCCGGUUCCUAAACCCAUGCCCCCGCCCCCUAGCUUCCCAGCACUAGUUGCCUCUGGCAUCAAAGCCAAAUAGUGACAGAUACCACUACAAUAGCAGGUGUCUUUAACUAAAGUGGCCAGGCCACUGGACAGUCUGCUCAUUUAUUUUUAAGAACCAGUGGGGGUGGAUAAUUAGAGUGGGAUAAUAUUCAACUCCCGUCUUUAAUACAUUUCUUAUUUUCCAUUAAAAAAAAAAAAAAAGGUUAUUUUACAUCUAACAGAAAGCUCAUAUUAUUGGAAGUUUAUAUUGAUAAUAAUCACAUAAAAUAUUAAACAGCGGAAACAUAUUUACUGCGUUUACAAUAAAUGGUUUUAAAAGUAGAUUCUGAUGCCAAUUCUGCAGCUUUAUCACAAACCCUUCUACUUCUAUGAUUGUGUAUUGUAAAAGAAGGGUUUAAAGGUAGAGUUACAUGAGAGAAGCCUGGAAGGUUAGUGAUCCUGUUGUCCUCUAGACUUCCAUGAUCCUUUACAUUGAGAGAGGAAUGGCAUGGUGGUACUGAUUUCUUGAAGGGCCUGUUUCUGUUUGAUGGGAAAUGGCAUCUUGAGUAUUAGCCACUCUAUGAAGACCAAUUGUGAAAACAGCCCUUACACUUUACAGUACUCUCAAAAAUCUUAGGGUUAAAAAUGUUUUUGUGUCGCUUUAUUUUAUAAAAAGUAGAUAGCUUUUAUAAAACUGUUCUUCCUGUCUUGGUGCUGUUUAUAAAGGUUACUUUUACAGUGUACAUUUGGCGAUAGUCAUACAGUGUACAUAUUGUGAAGGAGUCUUUACAGAAAACAGCCACAGAGGUUUGAUAUAAGCCCAGAGAGCAUCAUUUGCAGUUUUGAACCCAGAAUCCGUAGUAACAAAUCACUGAGAACAAAUAUGUGAAAACAAACCUACUGACUUGAUAUCUGUCCUCAGCAAUACCAAUUUAGUGUUUAAGGUAACAUUUUACUCACUGCUAAAAAUUAAUGUUAUAUUACUAUCUAGUGAUUACCCCGGGAAGCUCCAAUAAAGUUGCUGCAUACUUCAUAGAGUUGCAUUGGCUAGGUUAAAUCAACUGGGAGUGUUACUUUGUGGAUAUAGAAGUUAGCAAAAAUGUCAUGUGCUGCACAUGGAAAAAGAAGGUGAUGAGGAAAAAUAAAGAACACUCGUUGACAUGCACUCAUUAAGAGUUUACAUCACAUUCAUCCAUAUUCAUCAAACUGGAGGGUGAUGUUGUGAGUGGAAUAUACUUUGCUACUUCCUUCAGUUUUAUAGGGCUACAUUGUCUGAGUUAUAUAAAUAAACAACAACACAAUUGUUUUCUCACACUAGAUGGGGGCAUUAAUGAGCAAACGAGUUUACACUAGAGCUUGGUGGUGUCAUUCUUUUUAUUGAGCAACUUCCAUCAAAGAACGUACUCUAGAAACCAAUCAAUUAGAUUGUAGUGGUGGAAAGUGAUUAUUACCAUGGCAACCUCUGUGACUUUAUGACACAUCCUUUCUACACUACUCUGGACGGUGAUAAUUUACAUCACUAGUACUGUGUAGCCAUUUGGUAUUAACUGUAAUUCCAGACUGCAGGAGACUACCAUUCUCACUGGGUGGUUUAUCUGAGGUGAUGGCAUGGAAGUCCCCCCUCUACUCCCCACCUUUAUUCUCACAUUCUAAACUAAGCAUUGGGAAUAUUUGCAUUAUAUAAGGAUGAGAAUAAGCAAUGAGCAAUGAAUAAUCAAAUGGUUUUCAGUGCAGAGCAAAUUACACACAUGGAUCUCAAAAAGUUAGACCUUGUUAAUGCGAGUUCCUGCAGGAAUACAAUGUGCAGUCCUGCUGAGCCUUGACUGGAGACUGUCACGGUUGCUCCGUCUUUGCCAGUGUUUAUGGUCUCACUUUCUAAUGCACUGGAUACAGCUGGGAUGGAGGUGCUUCUGAUAUUGACAACUCCAGUCCAUCCCUUUUCUGAGCCUCUGGAAUACUGCAACAUCUAUAAAAAAAGCUGCAUGCUGCACAAGAGUGGGCUCUGUUAGUUAGUAGCCAAUCACAGGUAUCCCCAUAAGGUGAUCAAUUAAUUAAUAAGGAGAUCAAUUAAUUAAUUAAUUACAGACACUAAGCAUGCACCUAUUUAAACCUCUAUUUGCAUUCCAUUAUACUGUGUAUUACCAUAGUUCUUUCUUACAAUUAAAGAUUCAGCUGUGUUAUUAAGCUAUUCUAUAUUCCCUCUAAUAUGGUUUGUUCCAUGUCUAUGCCUAUUUACCUGGCAUGGCAGGUAUUUCUCAAAAUCUCCUUUUAUAAGGUGGUUAUGCCUCUUAAUAUAACUGCCUCGUUUUGCACAAUUCGUCUAUUUACAAAAACAGAAGAAUAAAGUUUAAACCCUUUCAAGAAAUGCUGUGCUUGUCUGCUUUAAGUGUUCAAUGCUACAUUAGUUUGUUUCUUUUUAAGGUGAUCCGUCCAAUGAAGGGACAAGAGAAGAAAUGCCGUAUGAAGAGGUAAAGAAAAGACAAUGUCCCUCAGCUCUUCAUCCUUUUAAUUAUAUAUUAAGCAACAUAUAAUAUUAUAUAUCUUUAUAAAAGAGCACAAUAAUUAAAUUGCAAAGGCACAAGCAAAAGGUCCAAAAAAUGGAUGCACUAUUUUAGCAAAAACAUUACACUGUGUCUAUUUCUAUAUGGAAUAAAAUAACAUUAUCCUAUUACCCUAAGUUCCUUUUAAUUCCAUGUGUCUUUUUAAAUGUUUGACUUUGUCAUUAGUAGAGUACAAUUAAAUACAUUUCAUGUACUCAAGGCCAAAGUGGUAUAUAUUAGGGGAUUUUCCUUGAAAGGGUUGGUGGUCCAAAGUCAAACUUAUUCUAGACAGGUGCAGUUUUAUAAAAUAUGCUCACAAAGUUUAAAAACAAUCCCCCUCCCUCCCCGUACAUGCAUAACCCUCAACCAUUAAACUCAUGACGGAGCGAUGACGUGACGUACACGUGGUGACGUCGCGCGGGUGAGAGGAGCAGAGGAGGACGAAGCAGUAAUGGACGCUGCAAUGCUGUAAUGCUGCCGACCCUUGAGCCGACCCCUGAGCCGGUGUUCGGUAUCCGAGUGAGACGUGAGACGACCCCUGAGCCGGUGCUUGAGUGAGACGAUAAGAGCGACCGCAGAGAUUAAUCAUAUUGCGGUGAAUUAUACUGCUAACUACACUGCGGAUGCGAGAAUUAAGCGAGAUUGGUGGUAAGGCGGUCGAAUGGAAUUAAGACUGCAAGGGAAAAAAACGAAGGUGGAGAGGAACGUUGAAAGGCUACAACGCUAUAAUACGGUAACAGCGCAGCAACCUGAGAAGACACAGAGAGGCCUGAUAUAACGCUCUGUAUACAGAAUUUAAGAAGUACAGCAAGGCAUGUGAAGUACACAGCAGUAAGAUAGGAUUUAUCAAUUGAAUGUAGAAUCCUAUAUUGAAAACCGACCUAACAUUAGCUCAGUUGGACAUUUUUAUUUAUUUAUUUAUUUAUUUUUUUUUUCCUGCCUACACGACCAGGCUAAUUGAAAUCUGCUUUAUGAAGUCUGAAGUGUGAACAAAUAAAGUCAGACGAAGUGAGAAGUGUGAAACCAGUGAUAUGAGUGAUAAAAUACAAGUUGGAUUUGUUAAAACUUUGUAAAAUACUCUGUAAAAUACUCUGAGAAGUCAGAGAAGUCUGGGAAGCAGGAAUAGCUUCUUAAAGCUCAUUAAUCUAUAUUUAAAGCCAUAUUUAAAGCUAUUUAAAGCUAACUAAAGCUAAUUAAAAUAUCAGAGCUUCGCAGACAACAAAUCCUUAAAGCUUUCUAAAGCUGCUUAAAAUCUCGUAUGCCCAAGUAAGGACAAAGAUACGGAAGCCUAAGAAUAAAUUGAAUAAUUGAAUAGCUGAGAUAAUUGGACAUAUUUUGCGCUACUGCAGGUGUACAACUGCAUCUAUUGUCUUUAUCCACAAGUAAAUCAGAAAACAUGGCGGCAAAAAAGGGGGAAAAUAAAAUAAACACAAGGAAGGACAAAGAUAAAAAAGUCGACUCUAAAUUUGAAUCUAAAGCGGAAUUAAAAUCUGAUAAACGCUUGUCAAAUUAUUUCUCUGCUCAAGAGAAGGAUAGGAGACUAAGCCAAGUGGGCUCUACUAAACCUACAGAAGAAGAUAUGGUGAAUACUAGCCUUAUGGAGACAAAUGGUCUAAAUUCAUACAGCAAUUCCCCUCCAAGUGACCUCCUUAAUAUUGAUAGAGUCACUCUUAAUAACUGUUUUGACUCACAAAUGGAAAAGAUAAAGGGUGAGAUGCAACUUUUUACAACGACCUUUAAAGAAGAAAUAAAGAAAGUAAAUAUAAGAAUUACAUCCAUCGAAGAGAAAUUGGAAUGUUCAAUGCUUAGAAAUAACCUUAUGGAAGAUAAAAUUAAUUCCUUGGAGCAGAAAAUAAAUAACCUGGAAGCUAAGAUGGUUGACUGGGAAGACAGGUCGCGGAGGAGAAAUAUUAGGAUUAGAGGAAUCCCGGAAAGUAUAUCCAACCAAAUGUUGAUUGCUUACCUGACUGAGCUUUUAAACUUUCUAGAUAUCCAGCUGCAAAAUAUCCCAAUUAUAUUUGAGAAUGUUCAUAGACUGCCAAGAGCAAGAAGCCUACCAGCUCAUAUCCCAAGAGAAGUUAUUGUAAGUUUUCAUUCUCUUUACUUGAAGACCAAAUUCAACCAAGCUUUAAGGCUGAAAUCUUUAAAAGACUCAAAAUUUGAAGAGCUAAAAUGCUUUAAUGACCUAUCUCUGGCUACUAGAACUGCAAGGAAGAAAUUUCUAACUUGCACAGGCAAGCUUAGAGAUCACAACAUAAGCUACACAUGGCUAUUCCCUAUGGGGUUAAAGUUUUAUUAUAAAGACAAUCUAGAAGCCUUUAAAGAAGUUGAUAGUUUACAUCAAUGGUUAUUAACAAAUAAGAUGAUAUGAAGCUAUUCGAGAUAAAACGGAUGAGGGAAGCAGAGGUUAUUUAAAAUUUCCCUUUUUUUUUUUUUUUUUUUUGUGAAGAGAAGCACUAAAUAGUCUAACCAAACAAGGGGAAUAUUAAGUACCACAAUAAUUGUAAAACUACAAGGGUAACUUUAAAAUUAGGGACACAUAUAUAUAAGUGAAAUAGGGAUAUUAAGCAGAAAUAUAAAUUAGAAUAUAAGGUUAGAUAGUAUAUCCUAGAUUAUAAUGAAAGUAUGUUGCACGGGGGAACACAACAUGACAUGCGCGUAAAUAAUAUUAUACACUAGUUUUUUAAUAUAUGAUUAAACAGGAUACAAUAUUUCUGUAGAAUAUUAGAGCAAAUUAAUAUGAGAUACAAAUAAAAUUCACGGGAUGCUUGAAGCAGUGUUAAGUAUACAUAAUAUAUAUAGCACUAGUCAAAUUAACCACUAAGAUAAGCACGGUUGACUAAAGCUAUGAAGUCUCUUGAGGAUUGCAAUAGAUAAGUACUUAAUAUAUUAGAUUUUUAAUUUUUGAAACAUAAGAUUUGCACCUUGGCCAAAUGAUUGAGUAGAUUAUGUCGGUCAGAUUGUUUUAAACAUACGUAUUAUAUAUAGCACUGAAUUUAAAUUAAUCACUGAGAUAUGCACUGAUGAUUAAAGUUAUGAAGUCACCUUAGGAGGGUAAUGGAUAAAUAGUAAAGGAAGAAGGUAUUAAAUUCUAGUCUUUGGGUAAGGGGGUGAUACCUCUUUUUAAGUUGUUAUUAUCACUUUUUUUAUUUUUAUUUUUUAUUUUUUUUUUUUUUCUUUCUAUAGAGUUUUUAUUUAUGUGGUUCUCGGGUUGAUAAUUAGGUAUGAUUCUCCUCUGCUCCCCUCCAACCGCUAAUGCGGUUGAGUUUAACUGAUUUAUACCUUGGGUAGGUUACGAUCAGUAAAGGGCUUUGGGAUGGCUCCCAUGGGAGGAGGGGUAGGGAGCCUUCGGGGGUUUAAUGUUUUAUGUACGUGCUGUCGUUUUGUUAUGGUCUGGUCAUAUUUGGUCCUUCACAUGAGAUUGGCUCUAUAUGAGUUGUCCAAUUCUAAAUUUAAUUAAUUUUGGUAAAAAUAGCAAGCCUGAACUAAGGGGAGUAGAUCUAAUAAAAAAUUGUAAUAUUUUCUCUAGAGUCCUGGAAGAUGAGUUUACUCCCUAUAGCUGGACACAAGGGAGAUUGUUCAACUCUAAACUGGAUUAAUAAGGAUAAAGAUAGUAACUUUGAACCUUAGAGGUUUAAAUUCACCACAAAAGCGUAAUAUCCUUCUUAGGUUUUUGAAAGAUGAAUCUAUUUCUAUAUGCGGGUUGCAAGAAACACAUUGGGAGCAAAGAGGAAAAAUAUGUUUAAAUUCUAAAGAUUAUCCAUUUAUUUUUUCCUCCUCCUUAUAUGAUAAAAAAAAAAGAGGGGUUGCGACCCUCAUUUCUUCUAGAUUAGCUUUUAAAUUUAUUUACCAAAUACAGGAUCCAGAAGGUAGAUAUCAUAUAUUAAUUUGCGAAAUAAAUAAUAGGAUUUAUACGAUAGUGAAUCUUUAUGCCCCAAAUUUAGCCCCGAUUAAGUUUAUUAAGAAACUAAUGGAUAUAGUAGAUAGAAAUAGACAAGGUAUGGUAAUCUAUUUAGGGGAUUUUAAUUGUAUGCUUAACCCAGAAUUAGAUAGGAGAAGCUUAAUUAACGAUCAAUAUAAUAAACAGCUAAAAACCUCUGCUAAAUCCUUCAGUAAUUUGUUAAAAAAUAGGGGCCUUUUGGAUCUUUGGAGGAUUUUGCAUCCUAUGGAAUAUGACUAUACUUGUUUCUCUGGGGCUCACCGGGUUUAUUCCAGAAUCGUUCUAAUAAUAUCAGACCCAAGCAUAUCCAAAAUGCUUAAAAAAGUUUUUAUUAAAAAUAUUGCAUGGUCAGAUCAUAAUGCGGUAAUGAUGAUUCUGGAUGAUGGCUUGAAGGAUAAUAGAUCAAAUUGGAGAUUAAACGAUCGUCUAUUAAGUAUUUCAGAAUAUUUAAAACAAAUUAAGUCAACUACAAAUUUAUUUUUUGAAGAAAAUACUAAAGAUGACUUACCAUUACCUAUUAUAUGGUGCGCCUAUAAGUGUACAAUUCGAGGACAUUUUAUUAAGAUGGGGUCCCAGGAAAAAAAAAAGAAGGGAAAUAAUCUUACGCACCUGUAUAUAAAACUAGAUCAAUUAGAAUAUAUAAAUAAAAAUAAUCCAUCUAUAGAUAUUACUAAACAACUCUCUAUCAUUAAAGAGAGCAUUAACGAUUUACUAAUCCAGAAAGCAAAUUUUUCAUUAGAAAAAUUACGAAGGACAUGGUAUUACAGGGGGAAUAAAGCCGAUAAAUUACUCUCGAAUAGGUUAAAGAAGGAUUCUACCAAGAUGAGGGUAACGAAAAUCAUUCAAGAAGAUAAGGUUCUUUUGAAUCCUGCAAAAAUAGGUCAGGCUUUCCAAGCAUUUUAUACUAAACUAUAUAAUCUGCCAGACAGACAUUCCCCAGUUAAUCUCUUAGAAUAUUUAGAGAAGUUAAAUCUGCCAAAAAUAACGAAAUCUCAAUUACAAAACUUAAAUGACCCUAUAAACCUGGAAGAGGUCAACCAAGCUAUAGAUAGAUUGAAAAUCGCUAAGUCUCCAGGUCCGGACGGUUUUACAAAUAAAUUUUAUAAAUCUAUGAAAGAAAACUUAGCAAAUACCCUGAGGGAGAUAUUUAACGAGUUUAUGUUGAAAGGUAAUAUCCCGCCGGAGAUGCUGAGAGCUAACUUGGUCCCUAUUCUUAAACCACAAAAGUCCUCAGAGUUAAUAACCAAUUAUAGACCUAUCUCGUUAUUGAAUGAGGAUUUAAAACUUUACUCCUCAAUAAUGGCAAGUAGAUUAAAUGGAAUUAUGAUGGAUAUAAUCCACAGGGACCAAGUGGGCUUCAUUUCUAAACGCUCUUCGGUAUAUAAUGUCAGACGUCUCAUAGACGUAGUGGAUUGGGCCCAAUCGAGGAAAUACUCCCUCCUGAUCCUGUCUUUAGAUGCAGAGAAAGCAUUCGACAGGGUCAGGUGGGACUUCCUCGAUGCGGUCCUACAAACCUUUGGCUUUUUUGGGAAUAUAAGAAAAGCAAUACUGGCCUUAUAUUCAACUCCUUCUGCAAGAGUUGUGGGAGCGGGAUUCAGCUCAGAUUUUUUCUCGUUGAAAAACGGGACGAGACAGGGCUGCCCGCUCUCACCUCUUCUCUACUUAUUGACAAUAGAAGUUCUAGCGGUAGCAAUAAGGAAAAACGAGGCAAUAAAGGGCCUUAAUUUCAAAAACGAUUGCAUUAAAUUAACAAUGUAUGCUGACGAUAUUGUAUUAACCCUAGCAGAUCCUUUAAACUCCUCUAUAGCUUUCUUUAAUACCUUAGAUGAAUACGCUUUACACUCAGGCUAUAAAAUUAAUGUCAAUAAGUCGACUGCAUUACUAAUGAAUACCCCUCAGAAUACAAGGGCAUUACUUAAGCAGAGAUAUGAAUUUAAUUGGGCGGAGGUUUCUUUUAAUUAUUUGGGAAUUGAAAUAGCAAAUAAUGUUAAUAUUAUCAUGGAACUCAAUUUCCUAUCUCUUCUUAGAACUACGGCAAAGAAACUAAAAAAUUGGAAAAAUUUAGAGAUCUCAUGGUGGGGCCGUAUCAAUGUAGUUAAAUCUUAUAUCAUCCCAAAAUGGGUUUAUCUAUUUAGAAUGGUGGCAUUACCGUGCCCGGACAGCUGGUUGACCUUAGCUCAAUCCCUAUUGAAUAAAUUUAUAUGGUUACAUAAGCCUCCAAGAAUAUCCCAAAAACGCUUAGCCUUAAAAGUGAAAAAGGGGGGCCUGGGGGUCCCUAUUUUAAAAGACUUCCAAAAUGCUGCGACCUUUACACACGCAAUCAUUACUCAACUAAAUGAUAGCAAGAAUGAGAUAUGGUACAAGAUAGAACAAGACCUUACUUCAACUGAGGGUCCACCGAUGGAGCUGUCUGUGCUCUUUUGGCCCCUAAAAUUACAAACCGAUCACAAAGUAAACCCCAUUUCAUCAAGUGUUAUUCUGAAUAAUGUUCUAAGGGGGUGGAAAAAAACUAAAAAUUCACUAGGUCUUUAUAAUAAGUUAAUCCCUUCCCUUUCUCUAAGAAAUAUAGCUAACUAUAUGACUAAUUUUAACGUAAAAAGCUGGAUUGAAAAAGGCAUAUAUAAAUUUCAAGAUUUAAUGGAUAGAAACGGAUGGAUGGAUUUCCAAACUUUAAAACAAACAUAUAAAAUAGACAAUAAGGAGAUUUUCAAUUACCUUAGACUAAAAGGCUUUUGUCAACAAUAUGUUACCACAGAAAGGUGUGAUUGCUUAAGGGAUAUAGGAAACAUCCUUGAUAGGGAUUCUCCAAAAAAACUAUUAUCUAUGGGAUUAAACCUAUUACAAAAAAACUCAGAUGAACCCUUAAAAGCUAUAAUUAAUUCUUGGCAAAGAGAUUUGGGAAAUCAGAUUACUUGUAACCAAUGGAGAGAAGCUCUAAAUCUUACCUAUAAACAUAUCCAUUGUCUUAAUCUGAUGGAAUGCCAUUUUAAAAUCAUAAAUAGGUGGUAUAUGGUCCCCAGUAAAAUCGAGAAGUUUAGUAACUCAGGUAACGCCAAUUGCUGGAGAUGCAAUGUGGAAUGUGGGAACUAUCUACACAUAUGGUGGGACUGUAGGUAUAUACAGAAGUUUUGGAAAAUGAUUUUAUCUAAGAUAAAACUUAUUACUUUGAUUGAUUUACCUAUGGUACCACAGAUAUGCCUUUUGCAAUUAGAUAUCCAUCAGGUUAGUGGUAGUUCAAUGCCGGUUAUCUUGCAUAUACUACUAGCCGCGAAACUUUCUAUCGCAAGGUAUUGGAAAAUGGAGUUGGUGCCCUCAUGGCCCGUAGUUAAGGAACAAAUUAAAUAUCAAUUGAAAAUGGAAGCUGGGUUAAAUAUAAAAUAUCAAGAACGCUAUAACUCCUGGGUGGCGAAGUUGGAGGCUGUUGUUGACUUAUAGAUAGAUGUCCAAAAUUUCUUUGGACCUAAGUUAAUAUUGAUACUAUAUUAAGAGUGACCUCAUAUGACCAUCUGAUGUUUUGUCCUGUUAUGUCAUUUUGUAUGUGUGUUGUUUACAGUGAGAUUUUUAAACAACAUAGGUGUUUCACUAAACGUAUCUAUACUACUUCAAACUUAUGUGAAAAAAGUAAUGAGGUUAAGGAUGUUAUGUGUGUCUCACUGUACAUGUUUUUUACGGGAUGUGUUGUUAAUUGUAUUUUUCUCUGUUGUUAAUUCUAUUGUGUCAAAAAAAGAAAAAAAAGCGGAGUUGAUGUCUCCGAAUAAAGAAUAUAUAUUGAAAAAAAAAAAAAAACCCAUUAAACUCAUCUUACAAGUGUAUUGUUGCUGGGCAUCCGUUUGGCGAAAAUCAUUGAUGAUAAUAUAUUUUUCUAACAUGCUUCUUUUUGUGUAUAAAGAACCAGUCAGUGAUCUUUAUUGUCUACAAGGGAUGGGGUUGUGUGAUGUCUGAUUUGGCUGGUAUUAUACAUUAUUGUAGUGGUUAUGAUGCUGAAAAUCUACGGGCUCCAUCACCCAUUUUCACAUAAAAAGGCAGAUGUAUAAUUUCUACAUUAUCAGUGUAGAUGAAGAAUGGGUGGGCCAUAGGUGCCAGGAAGAAAUCUGUUUGCUUUUUUUCAAACCAUUUAAAAGUAUUUUGACAAAAAAAAAAAAGGAUAAUUCUCAAUUAAUCAAAUCCCCUUAAGCAUCACAAUGAUCUUUAAACAUGCCACAAAGGUGCUGGUUAUUGACAGCUUAUAAUUGAUUUAAAGAUUAAGUGUAGGCAGAUGUUGUUAUCCGCACAUGGCACAUUAAAAAUAGCAAUGGUUUUCCUGUGUUAGACAAGAAACUCACUAGAGAUAUCUUAAAUGUAGCCAUUCUGAAAGAAAGAAUAAUGAGCACCAAAAUAUCUUAUUAUCAAUGUAUCUACAUACCUCGGAAAUUGAACAAGCCAUGGGGAACAGCCCACACAUGUCUGUUAGAUUAGGCCAUGGUAAAAUGUGGAAUCUAUAGAGAAAGACAAGUAGAAAGUCUGAUGAGAGCUAGAAUUUAUUUUCGGAAAUAACUGGGGUCUUUAAAAGCUCUCACUCCACAUCAGGCUCUUUCUCAUUGGUGGAUAUUUUACCGACCAUCCAUUAUUCAAACUGCCAUACACAAACACGCACAGUCUUUCAUAUAUGUUUUCCAAUAGACAUGUCCCAUUUAGGCACAUCUGAUUGGUGCUCAGGGGACACUGCAAACUACAAAUAUUUUAUUAUAACUGUAACCUUUUUGUUUUGUUUUAUUUAGAUUAAUGGAGGCAUUAUCUAUGCAGACUUGAAAAUGACCAAGUUAGAUCCUGGACAAUCACGUUCUCAACCAAAUCGGGAAACAGAAAUUAUAUAUUCGUAUGUGAAAUGA